AUGAGUGAAGACCACUACCGGUGCCAGUGCCACACACGCUACCAGCUUAAGAGAGAUGGGAAGCACUGUGAAAGUAAGUGUGAGCUCAGGGUGCAGGUAACCUGUUGGAAACACAAUAGGAGCCCAAAGGCUGUAGUUUGGGCUAACCUUUGGCCCUCCAGAUAUUGUGGGACUCCCUGACCAUUGGCUAUUGUGGUUGGGUUGAUGCAAGUUGUAGUCCAAAAAAUCUGGAGGAUCCCAGGUUCCCCGCUUCUGCCCUAGUGGAAUACAUGUUUACUUGCAUUGAUUAAUGCAGUUUUGUUGUUGUUGUUGUUUAGUCGUUUAGUCGUGUCCGACUCUUCAUCACCCCAUGGACCAGAGCACGCCAGGCACUCCUGUCUUCCACUGCCUCCUGCAGUUUGGUCAAACUCAUGCUGGUAGCUUUGAGAACACUAUCCAACCAUCUCAUCCUCUGUCGUCCCCUUCUCCUUGUGCCCUCCAUCUUUCCCAACAUCAGGGUCUUUUCCAGGGAAUCUUCUCUUCUCAUGAGGUGGCCAAAGUAUUGGAGCCUCAGCUUCACAAUCUGUCCUUCCAGUGAGCACUCAGGGCUUAUUUCCUUAAGAAUGGAUAGGUUUGAUCUUCUUGCAGUCCAUGGGACUCUCAAGAGUCUCCUCCAGCACCAGAAUUCAAAAGCAUCAAUGCAGUUUAGGUGUCAGAAAUAGAGAGUCAUGUGGCUGGGCCCUGCUGCCAGGCUCUCUGGUUCAAGCCUGUUACAUUUCACCUCCACACUGACCUUGUACUAUUACAAUAGGGGAAUGGUAGGGAUGAGGAUUAUAUCUAAGUUUGGACUUCUUUAAUAGAAUUUGCAACUUUUUGUAAUCUGCCUACCCUGUGGAAGUAUGAGGAUCUCAAUAUAGAAUGUAAGCAUUUGUCCUGUCCUGACCUCAAACAAAAGCGUAUGGGGCAUUAUGGGAGUUGUUCAGAGAGCAAGAGAGCACUGGGUGAGCGCUGACAGAAGCUGGAGGUUGAUUUAUAACUCCCCCAGACUAGAUUACCAUUCCUAAACUCCAAUCCAAGGCUUCUCAAAGGGACCCCAGUCUCCCCAGCUGGAGGCAAGUGCAUCUGUGUCUCUUCAGUGCCUUCUCACCUGACCUGCUCUCGGCCAUAUUUCCUGCGAUUCUGUAAAGGGAGAAACAGCAUGACUCCAGAAUAUCAUGGAGGACCAUGGAGUGGUUAGAGGAGACAACAGGGUAGUCAACUCAUCAAGUAACAUAGUGGGGAGAGGAAAUAAUGAGAGGGAAGUGUAUGAGGAGGGGCAGUGGGGAGAAGAAUAGAGAUCAAAGCAGGUUAUUGGAUUCCCUUGUUCUCCCUUUCUUAAAAAGAAUUAGGAAGGAAAUAUGACCUUGGGUUGUCCUUCCUCCUGCCAAGUUUUAUUAGCUCCCAUUAUCUGUCGAAGCUGCUGAUGGCCUGAGCUUUAUGCUUGCGUUUCCAUUGAUCUACUGGAGACUUUGUUUGCCAAGUUUUGCAGCCGAGUUCAGCUAAAUUUCCCAUUGCAAACUCACUGCAUAUAUGGUGCCAUCUGCAAUAUGCCCAUACUUACCAUAAAAUAUACAUGGUUUUUUAAGAGAAAAAAAUCAAGGCUUUUUGGUCCUGUGUUUCUUCUGUGUCUCAGUUCCGCUUGUAGCAGGAGCUUUGCCUGCGAGAGAUGUACAAAAGACAGGGAAAAGACUGCCUCACUGCAGUGCUUACAAAGGAAUACAAUGAUCACGAUAGGAUAAAAUCAGAGAAGCCAAAGGCACCAUUAUCAAAGUGGGCAAAGGAUGUUAGAAGUGAUAAGAAGGGUUCUGGAUGUACAUAUGAAACUGCCAUAUACGAUUCAGACCUUCUAACAGCUGCCUACUCCUUUCUGCAGUUUUCUUAAGGUCCCAAACAUUAUAUUGCCUACGUGUGCUGCUGCUUUGCUCCUGAGCUUAGUAGACUAGAGACAAAACAGCUCACCUAAAGAUACAUGGAGCUGCAUAUUUACUAAAGUCGCAUCAUCUAGAUCAAGGGUAGCCAGCAUGUGACCCUCCAAAUGUUGCUGGACUCCAACUCCCAUCAGCCUCAGUCAACAUGGCCAAAGGUCAAGGAUUAUGGGAGUCGUAGACCAACAAUAUCUGAAAGUAGCCACCACAUUGGUUACCCCAACCUGGUAUUUGGGAAUUGACUUGGGGCACAUUUUCCAAAAUAUUGAACCACCACUGGAAUCUUUAGGCAUAAUUUACCGUGGAUUUUUGUUGUUGUUGUUCUGUUUUGGGUGUUUUCAAGAAUCUCCUGGUCUCUUUCUGAUUUGAUGUGCAAUAUAUUUGGAGCCUGAUGUUGUGAAAGAUGGAGGGCACAAGGAGAAGGGGAUGACAGAGGACAAGAUGGUUGGAUGGUGUUCUCGAAGCUACCAGCAUGAGUUUGACCAAACUGCGGGAGGCAGUGGGGGACAGGAAGUGCCUGGCGUGCUCUGGUCCAUGGGGUCCCGAAGAGUCGGACACAACUAAAUGAUAAAACAACAACAACAACAAUAUUUGGAGCAGGAGCUUGUGCUUCUUUUGGAAGUGCAUUUCCAAACAAUUGUAUUGACUCUCCAGUAGAGCCGCUGCUGUAAUCCCUCGCAGCAAGAUCUCUGGUUGUUAAGGGCUGGUCACGGUUUGCCAGGCAUGUUUGAGCAAUUAUAUUUGUCGGACUGCAAAGGAAGCUAUAGAGGAAAGUGCCAUCAAUUUGAACUGCUGGCACAGAGAACCGUUGGCAGGCAGAGAUGCGCGUGGAAGUAUCUGUGUCAGAUCUCUGCUGAAUAUUGGGAAAAGCAAGUCAGCACUGUAUGAAACAGAGAAUAUCAUUAAAGCAGAUCCCCCUCACCCCCCCCGUUUCCUCUCUCUCACCCCCCUUAUUUCUUUCUUUUCAGCUGUUGCAAAACAGGUUGUGCAUGUUGGCCAGUUUUGUAACUAUUGAAAAUAAGUUCAAGCAUCUCUGCCAGAUGAACUUGUCAAAUGGCUCGUGAUGAACAGUCGGAAUGAAAUUGGGAGAUAAAUAUCACUGCAAUGUGAAAAGACUUGCAGCCUGCGCCAGAUAGAUCUUGACCUGUGUUCUGUGUAUUGGUUGAUAUGUUUGUGUGUGUGUGUUCUCAAAGCGUCUUACCUUUCUGGUUUGUAAUUCAGACACUUAACAUUCCUAGCUAGCACUUUUGAUCCACAUUGCUUGGAUUUCUUGGUGUUUGGUUUCAGAGAUCGACCCCUGCGCGAGUGGAAAUGGAGGCUGCUUGCAGAUCUGCCGAAAUGAGAGCGGACUUGCAGAGUGUGAAUGCUAUUCUGGAUAUCGCCUUUCUGCAGAUGGGAAGUCCUGUGCAGGUAAAAAAAGCAAAGUGUGGGUUGCGGAGAUGGUAACUAAAAUUGAAGAGUCUAGUUAUUGACCUCUUUUCUAACCAGGUAUGCUAAACACAUAUAAGCAAGAACAUAGUUAGAGCCAUUCUGCUGUGAAGAGGAGUUACAAUCUUGGGGUCAGGCUUCUUGAUUUGGAAGCACAGGGGUGGAGAGCGCCCCUCUGGCCCCCAUUGCCUACUCCUGCUGGCAGAUGUGUUCAGUUGUCUCCCAUUAGGAGACUUUGGAAGGGAGCUUCAGACUGAGGCACCCCCUCCUGUGCUCUUCUCUGCCACUGUUGGUUCAGCUACUCACUUCUUCCCACCAUUAGAGGAGAAGAGAAGCUAGUAGUCUAAGGAAAGUCCUCUUGGAAAUCAAUGCCCAACAACACGAUGCCUGUGCAUAUACCACUUGGAAACCAUUUUGGCAAAUAAGUGGCAAAUAAAUAAAUAUAACAAUUUGUUUACUGCAGUUGUAUUCCACCUUUUUCUCCAAAAAGCUCAAGGUGGUUUACAUGAGUCUCCCACCCUCAAUUAAUCCGCACAACAACCCUGAGAGGUAGGUUAGGCUGAGAGGCAGUGGCUGGCCUAAGAUCACCCAGUGAUCUUCUUGGCUGAUUUGGAAUUUGAGCCCUUGUCUCUCAGGCCCUGGUCCAGCAAUCUCAUCACUACACCAAUCUGCAUCUGCAGGGUAGUGCACUGGCUAUUCUAUAACCAUGUCUUAGUGAGUGAGCAUAUGCGUUUGUUUCAGUUCCCUCUUCUCCCACCACCACCACCUCAACCCACCCCAGCAAAAAAUAAAAAUCCCUCUUGUUCUGUAGAACUAUGGAGUGCUUUCGAAUAUUUUCAGAAGGUCCAGUAAGGACUAACAAGUGCCUCUUAGGAAGAGGAAGUGUUUGGAUUUGAUAUCCCGCUUUAUCACUGCCCUAAGGAGUCUCAAAGUGGCUAAGAAUCUCCUUUCCCUUCCUCCCCCACAAGAAACACUCUGUGGGGUGAGUGAGGCUGAGAGACUUCAGAGAAGUGUGACUAACCCAAGGUCACCCAGCAGCUGCAUGUGGAGGAGCAGAGACUCAAACCCGGUUCACCAGAUUACAAGUCUACCGCUCUUAACCACUACACCACAGUGGCUCUCUUACUCACCUCUGCUGCUCUUCCUCUGCAUACACAGCUCAAAUAAGCUAUGUCCUCAGUUCAAAUUUGUCAACAAACAGGUACAGAGAGGCUGGGCAAAUAGGUUGAGCAUGCACUGCCUGCACAUUGUAGAACAUGCCCUAGAAUCUUCUACAUCACUCCUGGAUUCCUUUGUAGGCUCCCUGAUUUUGAAAGGGUUUCCUGAAGGUUGCUGAUGUCCAUUAAGGCUGACCUUUUGUUCAACACUGUUCAACCUCAACACCGUUUUUGUUCUACAGAUGUUGAUGAGUGUGCAGAAGGAACGGCCAAGUGCACCCAUCACUGUGUGAACACUUUGGGCUCCUUUGCCUGCGUUUGUAAUCCUGGAUUUGAGCUAGGAGCUGACGGAAGGCAAUGCUACCGUAAGUGGGAGUUUUGCGGCAGUGCUGUAAAGGCAAGUGUAUCUUUCCAAAAGGAUAAAAAUGAGAUUUUAUUUUGGUGGCCGUUUUUAUCUGGGGAGGCGUGCUCCCGUUUCUCAUUCUUGUGGUAUUCUCAUUCUUUAAGAACCAAUGUGAUUAGAAUUCCCAGUAUUUGUACCUCAGUGCUUGAAUGCUGGAUUUUGCAGAGGCCUUCAUGCUGAGCCAUGGUUUCUGCAAUCAUGAGUGCAAAUUCAGAAUUCUGAACUCUGUCGCCUGCAUUUCAAGAGGCAAACAGUGCUGUUGACCAGUCUUCAAUAUAUAGCGAAUUAUAAUGAGUUCAAACAUUCCCGUAGUCACCCAAAGUACGUGUUCACUUCAGACUCCAUGUUUUAAGGCUGAUUUUCCCCCCACGUCCAUGUCUCCUGAUUUUGCAUGCCAUACGGCAGUUUUAAACAAAAGCCUAAUUACUUCAUAUAUGUUAGACCUCAUUUUUCCUAACUGAUUCAUGACUGAAAUGUGAUAUAAAAACAGUGGCUUGGCCUACUCAGUCCAAAGCUCCAUACUUGACCAUAAAAAAUAUGAGAUCACAUGGAUGAAAGGUGGAGACAGGUGCAGAAAAUAUAGAGAAAUAACGCUUAAUCUAACAAGUUAAAUUUAUAUUCUGAACUAAAAAUUUAUGACUAUUCAAUGAAUAACAUUGAUGAGCCUCAUAAAAUAGCAAUAUGGUGCAUGCAUUAUAUAAGAAGAUUUCAAAGGCCUGAAUGUGUUUAAACUACAGAAUGUCUUCUUCAGCAGGAAACUAUAGUUACACUGAGCAAUUUGUAUUUUUUUCCCCAGACACUACAAAUGUAACCAGGCUCUUUGACCUUGGGUUUUAUAAUAGCCAGCAUAUCUAGCUUUGUUUUUAAAUUAUUAUAUAAUUUUCCACUGAAGAAGACAUAGUGAGUUUAAAACGUGUUUGAGCCUUUGAUAUGCACUGGUAUGUUAUCAGGUUCAUCCGUGUCAUUUAUUGUAUAUUGAUAUACAUUUUGGUUCAAUGUGUGCAUAUUAUUCCUGCAUAUUUCCCUCUUAACCUCUUUGUUCUUUUGGUUUGGUUUGUGGCCCAAGGAUAGGAAAAGUCUGCAUAUACAUUAAAAGAACUGUAGUUUACCCCUCACAGUGCUAUAAUUCCCAGCAUCCUUAAUCUACAGUACCCAGGAUUCUUUGUGGGGAGGUGCUUUAAAUGUAUUGUGUGUAUGCGGCCCAAGCAACAAAGUGCUGAAACUCUUGUCUUCCACUUAAAGAUACAGGACAUCCUAGAAGCUAAUAUAGUUUGCUAAUACUAACCCUCUGAGUGAUGCAGAUCUUUAUGUAGCCAAAAUGGCACCAGCUGCAAGCAAGAGGGAGGUAGGAGCAGCCUUAGAGGAACUGCAAGUUUUGCUAAAGUACAGAAAAUCUUUCUUGGGCUAAGGGAGAAACCCCAAAACAUUGCAGUGGAGACUGAGCAAGUUCACUGGGCAUGGAAUUCCUGAGAUUGUUGCGGGAGGCAAAUGGAGAACCAGUGGGGGAGGAAUGCAAUGGAGUAUCCCUGAAGGGGCUGGCAGGAACUGCAUUGUUUUCUUCUAGAGCCCACGUGCAGCAAACUUACUACAAUUCUCAUUUUUCUUUAUUGAUUGGCAAUGAUUUGAUUCUUUUCUGGAAAGGCAUUGAAAUGGAAAUUGUCAACAGCUGUGAAGAUGAUAACGGAGGUUGCCUUCAUCACUGUGAGCACUCCACCAAUGGGCCACUCUGCUCUUGUAACCAAGGUUACCGCUUGGAUUUAGAUGGGAAGACCUGCACAGGUGAUGUAUAAGGAAAUGCAGACAGCAAUUCAAAGGAGUCUGUCCCCUUGUUAGACUACAAACCUGCAUACAGUGGAACCUUGGUUUUUGAACGUAAUCCAUUCCAGAAGAGUAUUUGACUUCCAAAAAGUCCGAAAACUAUGGAACAAAAUCCAUUGAAAAAAUGGAGAAAAGUGCUUUGGAAGCUGUUCAACUUCCAAGGCACGUUCAGAAAUGGAAGCAAUUACUUUCGGGGCUUUGGCGUUCAGGUUCCGAAUCGUUCGGCUUCCGAGACACUUGAAAACCAAGGUUCUACUAUACCACUUUAACAACUCUUUCCUCCCACAAAACCUAUUAUUGGGUGGGGGCGUUUUGGGACCUGGGUUUACAGAACAGGAUUACGUGGUUAAGAAGGGCAAUGCCAUGCACUCCAAACCAUAGAAGUUUUUAUUUUUAUUAUUAUUAUUUCAUUUGGCACAAAAACUGUCAAAAGAACAGUAUUUAUUUAACAAGGAAUGGGAAGAAUUGAUAGCAAUAAUGAGUGCAGAUACACACAGAGUCACGCAGAUGAUCGCCAAAGGAGGAGGGCUUCAAGAGAGGAGAAAGUGCAGAAUAUUCCACACCUACAGUUAACAAAGCAGCAGGCUUGCUUUUGAAAGCUUUCUUUUACACUGUAAGCACUUUAUUUUACACUAUAAGAAAUGAAGCAGCUGCAACAGACUGUGUUUAUAUAAUAUUUGGAAUAUAGACUAGUUAAGGUGUUUUAUGUGGUAACAAUGGAAGCAAGUUUUUCCACUGGUAGCACCAGUGUUGUGAAAAGCCCUCCCAAUGAAACAUGAGAAUCCCCAUCAGUAUUGGCAUUCCAUCGGUUCCAACACUAAGCAGAAACAUCUGUUUAGGGAAGCAUUCCCCUGAACUGGACUUGUGAUUUCAUUGUUUUAACUUGUUUGGUUUUUUUUAAAAAACCCUCUUAAUCACCACACAUUUUAAUUGAUAGUUUUUUUGUAUAUUUCAAUUAGGGAUGUGUUAAUGUUAGAGUGUAUUUUAAAUCUUGAUUAAUAUUUAAUAUUAAAUAUCAAUAUUAAAUACUGAUUGACUUUAUAGUUGCAGAUCACGUAGAAGCAGAUCACGUAUUUUGGCAUAUAAAUACUCAACAUUUGUUAGGAUUGUUUUUUGAAUCCUGUGGCCAUUCUGGGAGAGAAAAGAUUGUAGCAAAUGUAGAUAUAAUUGCUUGUUAGUUUAUAUCAGGAAUGUGGAACCUGCAGCUUCUAUCCUUCUGGACUAUUGGACAUGCUGUCUGGAGCCGAUGAGAUUUUGGGUCCAAUUUAGAGUGCCACAGGUUAGCCAAUUCUAGGCUACACAGUGCCAUGAAUGCACAUUUGCCACUUUGCAGAGUAUAGGCCACUCCUGGUUUAGACAUAUUUGAAUGACAUGCGAUCGCACGCGCACACACAGCGCCAAACCUGGAAGUAGCCCCAAAAUGUCAUAAAGACAUCAUGAGAAGGGGAGGAAUGAGGCGGGAUGGACCAGGGUUACGCAUGCUCUACUGACACGUGGACACCACCGGAACUGAACCCCCAUGCAAAACGAUGAUUGCCUGUAUAGGAGGACAGGUCUCUGCCCAAAGGAGAUUACGAUCUCAACCAGCAUAAGCUGUUUAAAAAAACAUCAUUAUGCAAAGGGGACAAGAAGCAUUUCCCACUAACUGAUGGCAGGUUUCAAUGCACAAGUGAGUAUUAAGAGAGCCAGAAGCAUAGAUAUGAUCUGAAACAUUGCCUGCCAGCUUCUUUGUGACGUUUGAAGGAAAAAACAAUGGUAUUGGUCCAGAAACCUGCAUUAAUCGAUUUCAUGCUGGCCUCCAUGAAUUGAUUGCAUGUUUACCCUAUUUCCUUGUUUCGACUAGAUCCCCCAAGAAUGUUAGCACCCUUUCCAAGGUUAAUUGUCACACUGACCUUUCUCUUUUCUUGUUUCUUCAUUCAUGGAAUUUUGCAAAUUCAGCAUUGACUGGUCAUUGUUUGGGUAGCCAAUCAGCUUGGCUCAAUCUGUACUUUAUUUAUUUAUUUAUUUAUUUAUUUAUUCAUUCAAUGACCUUGUUUCACCUUAAUUACAUCAGGAGUUUUAGGUGCCAUGCAAUUCCAGCUCUAGCAGAGGCACCAUGUGAUAGUCGUUAAGUUUCCAGGAAUUAUAUAGUGGUUAUCAAGUUUCCAGGAAUUAUAUAAUUGCCUUUUAAAAGUUAAUAUUUUCAUCUGAGAAGACUUUUGCUGGAAGCAUUUCACAGUUGUAUUUGCAUUCUGUCUAAGAUUUUUGGCAAGAUGAAUUGUCCAAAGAAUUCAUGCGUAUUCAUAGCAAAGGGGAUUUCUAUUCAGCAGUGCCUGUUCCUAGUAAUAUAAUGCUAAUACUCGGCUUCUACAUGACAGUUUAAGGGUAUUAAAGCUGCUUCACAUGUGCUACUUUGGUGUGUCUUAAAACUGUCUUAAUAAGAGAGAUUGGUAGAGCCAAUAUGGUACUGGGAAUAGGAUUCUAAACUUGAACCCAGAAUACUUGGGUCCAAAUUCUUGCUUAGCCCAUGUAGCUCACUCAGUGAUCUCAAGAUAGUCUUUCUUCCUUGGUCCCUGUCUUCCUCAUCUCCCAUGGAGGAAUUGUUGUGAAGAUACAAUGGGGAAGGAGAGUUUGGAAUCAAGCCCAAAAAUUAGGGCUCAAGCCAAUGGAUUCAAAUUACAAGAAAGGGGUUUUUAUUAUAUGAUUGAUAUGAUAUGAUAUGAUGUUUAUUUUUCUAUGAGGCAUCUGAAGCAAUUAAAUAAUAUAAAACAAUAUAUAAUAAUAAAAUUGAUUGCAUAUAUGAAAACCUAUAUAAAUAUAUAUCUAUGUCUAUACAUAUCUAGUUGGUUAGUUUCAAACAACAACACAUAACAUAAAAAGUUCAAAUCUCAUACAGUUACAAACUGAGGUACAAAUCUCCAUUUAGAAAGAGGAAUGUGCUAAAAGACAGUAGAGAAGGAAUCUGAUAAUUAGGAGGAUUGUGUCAGCUGUCCGAUGGUGGAUGAGCAGGGCUUGGAAGGCGGUGGACUCUCCAUUGUGAGAGGCUUUUAAACAGAAGCUGGAUGGUCAGCUACCACAAAUGUUGUAGCAGCAGGGUUCCUGUAAUGCCACUGGGCUCGACUAGAGGACCUUUGAAGGUCCCUUCACCAUAUGCAUGCCCUGAGCUUCUUUUGAGGAAGGGAGGAGAAAUCUAAUACAGCGAGACCUUUUUAUUUCAUCCCAUUUUGUGGAUAAGGAGUUCCUGUAGCAUAACCAGGGUUGUGGCAGAGGUAAAAUUUGAAUUGGGGAUUUUAAAAUCAAGGGUUGGUGUUGUUAGCCCCUGCAGUGUUUAUUUUAUUUUAUUUUAUUUAUUUUUAUACAUUUCAAGUUUAUACAUUUCACUAAUUUUACAACCAUUUUUACUAUUCAUAACUUGACUUCCUUCCCCCUCUUUCUGCGGUUCCUUAAAUUUAUUUUUAAUAUCUUUUGCGUAUCCAAAUUAACUUAAUUUGCUCAUUUAUUCAUUUUCUUUAAAUAUAUACUCUUCUGAAAUUGCAGGUUAUUACAAUGAUCCUGCCAAUGUCUUUAUCGGUUUGCAAUUUAUCUGUAAAUAUUCAAUAAACCAUUUCCAUUUUUUUAUUAAAAAAUUGCUAUCUUGAUUCCUUAUUCUUCCGGUAAAUUUUGCCAUUUCUGCAUAUUCCAUAAGUUUUUGUAUCCAUUCUUCCUUUGCUGGGACUUCUGCUUCUUUCCAUUUUGGGGCAAGUAACAUUCUUGCUGUUGUAGUAGCAUACAUGAAUAAGUUUCUGUACAGUUUAGGUAGUUCUGUCCCCAUAAUUCCCAAAAGAAAAGUGUCUGGGUUUCCUCACCCCCCAAAGGUUAUUUUAAACAUCCUUUUCAUUUCAUUAUAUAUCAUUUCCCAGUAAGCUUUAACCUUACUACAAGACCAAUUAGCCUCUGCAGUGUUGGAUGAAUACUGCUGAAAUUGUAAGUCAGAACGUACCAUGCAGGUGUUCACUAAACCAGGGCUGGGGGACCAGUGGCCAUUUAGAUGUUGUUGGACUUGCAUCAUCACCUCAAGGAUCACCUCAAGGAUCAGUGGUCAAGGAUGAUGGGAGUUGUCGUGCCCAGCUGUCAGCAGUCCUCUUGGGACGAUUUCUUUCUUGUUUAAACUACUUCUUGAUAGCACAAGGAUGGAGGAAUGAGGAAAUCCCAACAAAAGAACAGUGGCAAGAAAAAUUGAUGAGUUGUGCAGAGCUGGCUAAAUUGACAUAUAGAUUGUGGGACAAGGACAGCUGUAGCUUUAAGGAAGAAUGGGAGCUUUUUACAAAUUAUCUAAAAAUACAACAAAAUAAACUGGACUCCUUGGCAGGUUUUGAAUAAACAUACAUAAAUUUAUUGGUUGAUAGCAUGUUAGAUAGAUAAUGUAAGGAUAUGUAAAAUUUUAUAACAUGCAGAGAAUAAUAUGUGUUGAGAAAUCAGAGAGAGGAGCUGAGGGAAGUCUUUGGUGAGGGAGGGAUGGAAGGGAGGGAGGGAGGGGGAAAAGGGAAAAAAAUAAUGUAUGCGAUUAUAUGGUUUGAUAAUUUGCUAUGUUGAAAUUGCUAAUAAAAAUAAUUUUAAAAAAUAAAUGAACUACUUCUACGGCAUUGUGAAGAAUUUGUUCAUCCUUCCUGUAGACCUGGACGAAUGUGUGACUGGAGAUGCCUGCUGCUCACAAUUCUGCAUCAACUACAUUGGAGGCUACGAAUGCAGCUGCAAGGCAGGCUUUCGGCUUCAUCCGGACGGCUGUGAAUGUGAUGGUAAUUUAAAUUCGCCAGGCACUCAGCAAGACACUCAGGAGGCCUUUUGCAGAAAUGUCGAGCAAACAUCCCACGGGGAUCUGCUUUGGCGUUCAUUGUGUUUGUCACCUCAGGUCUCGCAAGCAGUGCUGAUGUGUGCCUGCUCCUGAGCAGAACUCAGGAAACCGCUCAUGUGAUGGUGGGGAACCUGUGGCCUGUUCAUUGUCGUUGGACUCCAAUUCCAAUCAACCCCAGCCUGCACAGUUGCUGGCCAGGGAUCAUGGGUGUUGUAGUGCAGUAGCAGCUUCCCUACCCCCUGUGCCAGUAGCAAGCAGGCUACAGGUGCUUUUUGGGCGGAUAUAAAAGGUAAAGGUAAAGGUAAAGGGACCCCUGACCAUUAGGUCCAGUCGUGGCCGACUCUGGGGUUGCGGCGCUCAUCUCGCUUUGCUGGCCGAGGGAGCCGGCGUACAGCUUCCAGGUCAUGUGGCCAGCAUGACUAAGCCGCUUCUGGCGAACCAGAGCAGCGCACGGAAACGCCGUUUACCUUCCCGUCGGAGUGGUACCUAUUUAUCUACUUGCACUUUGACGUGCUUUCGAACUGCUAGGUUGGCAGGAGCUGGGACCGAGCAACGGGAGCUCACCCCGUUGUGGGGAUUCGAACUGCCGAGUCCUAGGCUCUGUGGUUUAACCCACAGCGCCACCUUGGGUGGAUAUAACCCUGCCUAAUUCCCCAAUUGCAGUUAGGAGACUAGGAAUGGCUCCUAGGCUUCUCUUCCCUUUACUCUGAUAUGCAGGUGUUAGAGGUAUUUGUUGGUUGCUCAAGAGCAAUCAGACAAUAUGCUUCAAUAGUCUGUUUUAAAGGUUUCUUAUUGGUGAUAAAAACCGUUAGAAUGCAGAGCGCCUCUAUUCCGUGUCUUGCUCAUUCACUGGCAGAAUCUGAGAGUGGGCGGUCCUUAAACUUUCCCCAGCAGAGUAGUUUCUUGACGCCCAGUCUGCGCCUCCCCUCUCUGCACGGAAGCCUACUGCACAAGGAAGGCGUGGGUAACAGGGGACCUCUCUCAUCCCCGCUUUGCUCAGGCAAGGUGUCCUGGCAGCACCUCGCCUCCUCCAAGCCCUGCAUCUCCUCUCCACUAGAGGCGUGGCUUCCUUCCUCUGCUGAGGAAGUUCUGCUUCCCACGAUCUUUGGGGGCUCUCUGUAAUCCAUCCGGCUUUCCCCCUCUCGCCUCUGAGCCGAUGGCAGUUCCCUGACAGCAGGUUUUCCCUCCUUUCAUUUCCAGAGCUAACCACAGCGCAGCAGCAUCGCUGACCAUGCAUCGUUCAAAACUACAAUUUGAAGUGCUGAUAUGAUACCAUGGUUAGCUGCAAAAACUGUUACCCAUAGGUUGUUCCAAAAAAAAUGAAUGUUGUGGUGGUGGGGAAAUAAUGUGAGUGGGACGAGGGGCAAGGAAAGGAAACAGAAGCCUAUUAUGUGCUCCCAGGCAAGGAAGGGCAGCGAAGGACAUUUGAUACGCUUGGCUUUGCUUCUAAGUUGCAUGGUUUUGUUUAAUGUUUAUUCAAUUGGAUUUUAAAUGGAAGUUGUUUCAAAUUAUGCUUGCAAGCUGCCUGGGCAUUUCAGAAGGUGGGAAAUGCAGAUUUUAUCUAGGUAAUAUCAAUGGGUUGUAUCCAGUGUUAAUCAAACUCAUAUUAGACUCAUUGAAGCUAAUAGACAACAAUUAACUUAUGUCCAUUAAUUCAAGCAGCUUUACUCUAAUGUUGGAUACAACUGAAUGUACUAAUAAUCAAGGUAAUCAGAAUAGAUAACAGUAAUAGCCAUUCUGAAGUUCUGAACAGGAGUUCAGCACAGUUUUCUUCUUGAUCCAAAUUGGGUUUUUGCAUCCAAGGUUUACUUUCCUCAUUUAAUUUCCUAGAUGUGGACGAGUGCCUAUCCGACACUGAUGGCUGCGACCAAUAUUGUAUUAAUUCUUUGGGUUCCUAUGAAUGUACAUGUGAGGAAGGAUACAGGCUCAGCAGUGCCAAUGGACAGUCUUGCAUCUGUAAGUUAUUCCGUAUCGUUAGGAGCUCUAUUCGAAGGAAAACUCCAAUUACCAGCCAUGGUUUUUGGAAGUGAUAAUGGCAUUACUUAUUCAGAGUGAGGCGUCUUAAUAGCACAUAAUCUUUUAAAAAUGAGGUUUGUUUGAAUUGUCUCAUUUUCAGCAAAUUAGAUAUUACUCAAAUCCUCGUUAUAUUGAGAAGCUAAGCGUAAUUCUAAAAUUCCCAAAGUGGUUGUGUUGAAUCUGUAAUAUAAAGCCAAAACAUUUAUCUUCUGUUUCAAUCAGACUUCUAAAUAUAUGUUUCAGUGUUACAAUGUCAUCUAUAGCCUGAUGGUGAUGAUGAUGGUGUGUGUAGCUUUUAUAUACGUUUAUAAUUUAAUGAUUGUUUAUUCUAAAGCUAAAUAUGUAAUCCCUAGACACUGUUUUGUGUUCAGUUCAAAUUCCACAUCUGAGAUAAUUUAUAAAUCUUGUAGCUUUGCUAUGGCUGGGCUUAAGGGACAGAAACACAUACAAGUCACCCUGAAUCCAAUGGAAUUUAAGGCUGAUGGAUAACAACUUGCUUGGGUAGGCAUCUUUAAUUCAAAAGACAAAGAAACUAAGAUUGCUCUCUACAAGUGAGAAGCAGCUUGUCUAAUCAGCCACCUUAAAAUGGGUUGAGCAAUGAAGUGCAAAAAAACUCACAUUGUUCUAAGGACGAGCAAUUUGGAGGGCACGUUUAGCACAUGAAAAAUUCAAACUAAACAAAAAUAAACAAGCACAACACCAUGAACUACUGACUCUUUAAGACAAAGAUGGGCAAUUUGUGGCCUUCCAGGUGUUGCUGGACUACACUUCCCAUCAUCCAUGAUUAGCCAUGCUGGCUGAGGCUGAUGGGAGUUGGAGUCUUAGAACAUUGGAAGGGCCACAGUCUCCCCACCCCUGCUCUAAGGCCUCCAGGAAGGGCAAAAUAGUUAACCAGUAACACCUAUUGCCUUCCAAUUCCAAAUACAGAGAAAGUACCUCCGUGCUAGCAAGAGUUUCAGUUCAAGUGUAAUAUAUGUACAUAUAGUUGUUAAACCAUACAUCUGCACCUUAUAUGUAGUGAUUUUUUUCCCUUGACUCUUGGAGGCAACUAAACUACCCCAGGGUAAGAGAGUCAUCAUUGCAGGGUAGUUUUGUCAUCUGAAUAGUCUGAAGAGCUUUCAUUGAUUAUAAUGUUUCUGUUUCCUAUUAAUAAUAGUAGCAGCACCCAUUUACUGAUGUAAACAACAAAUUGGAUCAAGCUUGUGGGACUUAAUAAGAUGAAAAUGUAUUUGUAUCUCUGAUAUCAGCAUUAGAUGAUGAUGAGCUGGAAGAGGAGGAAGAAGAAGAACUGGAGAUUGCCCGGAUUCCUGGCUUCCGCUUCAGAAGACCACCUCAGCUCCUUCACUUCAGUACCUCCCUAGAUUCUUUCUAUGAUGAGGAGGAAGAGGAGAUUCGUGGAGAGCUCACUGUUGCACACCAAGUUGGUGAGACAAUGUUUCUAAAAUCUUAAUUUUUCCCAGAGAGCAAGCAUGGAAGUAACAUGUUUCCAGGGAAUGAAAAAAAUCAGCCCAGAAAGAAAGGAGAAUUAUAAAAAUUUGGAGCUACUAGAACAUAGUCACAAUCACUCUGUUCUGCCUAUGCUGCUGGAGGCAGAAUACCUCUGAACGAGAGUUGCUGAGAACCGCAAGCAGGAAGAGUGUUGUUGCAUCCAGGUCCUGCUUUUCGGCAUCUCAUAGGCCUCUGGUUGGCCAUUGGCCUGAUCCUGCACGCUGUCCUUAUGCUCUUAGAGUGAGAGGUGAGGUGACACACCAAACAGUUCCUUGUGAUCCUAAGUUAGCCAUAUUGUCUGUUCCCAAUGGACCUGGAAGGAAUGUGAGUUUUAAAAAACAGCAAUCCAUAUCACCAUUGUUAAAAACUGGAAAACAUCUGGGGCAUGUAUGGAGGAAGAGUAGUGUGGGAGAUUGCAGCAUACUGUUCUGAUGGAAACACUGACAACCCAGCUAAGAGUGAGCAGAGGUCAGAAAAAGAGCAGUGCUUUCAGUGAAGACUGGUUUUGCUUUAUUGCAUAGACUAACAGGAGUGAUCCCUUGCAAUUACUGCUGAAUGCAAGGAAAUCCUGCAUUGCAGAGGGUUUGAACAGAAUAUGAGCCUUGGGGUCCCUUCCAUCUCUAAAAUUCUAUGAUUUCACAUUUAACAUUAUGGCAAGGACUUAUAACCCGAAAAGAAGAGGCUAUUAGAACAGAGCCAAUGUUUCAUAAUGCCAUUUGUUGUGCAGUUUUCGAGUGGGAGGUAUUUGUUUGUUCUGGAUUGGCAUGCUUCAAAAAUGAAAAAUAAAUGGAUAUAAGAAAGAAGGGGAAACUUUUGCAGUGACACUUUUCUGCAGCUCUCUGUGUUUCUGUUUCCAUCUCUUGGAUUAUAUAGCCCCGGGCUGCAAGUAGUUGCUGGCAGUAAACAUGUACAGAAUAAACUGAAAUAGCCAAGCCUGGCAUGCGAGUUGACACUUGUGCUUUUUAAUUUCAGUUUGUCUGCAUAACAUGUUUGGCAGUGACUGCAGCUUGAGUUGCUCUGACUGUAUGAACAGAGGGAAGUGCAACAGUGACAACAGUAGUUGUGACUGCCCACCUGGGUGGACUGGCAUUAUAUGUAAUGAAAGUGAGUAUACCUCUUACUAUUUAAAUGCACUUUGAACACUAAGAAGGGUGAGCCCAGCUUGAACAAGAUUUGGGUAACUAAGGUGCAGGAUAUAAAUUAAAUAAAUAAAACGUCUACUUUGUCAAAUCAGUUUGCUUAGAUUUGAAGACCAGAGUAUACCACCUUUCAGAUGGAUGGGUUAAAAAUAAUAAUCAAACAAUUUGGCUGUUGUUCAGCUAGCAAUGGCUUCAUGGGUCACAGAUUGCACAGCUCUGCACUUGUGAGCUAAGCAAAUGACUUGAAAAAGAAUUUGCUCAAACCACAUAAACGUUGAACAAAGGUGGGGUCCUGAAUUUCACCUACACUUCUGUCGAGGGCAUUAGACAAUGGGUUUAUCCUAUUUUACCCCCAUUAAGGCUGAGAGAUAGUGACUUGCUCAAGGCCACCCACAAUGAGCUGAAUGACUUGGUGAGAAAUUGAACCCAUGAUCCUCUAGUCCAGUUUAAAGACAUAAUUGCUACACUAGUGGGUUCUGUCUGCUUGUCGUUGGGUCAUACUUUCCACAUUGAUAUGACAGCCAGGUAUUCCCUGUGGAUUGCAGAGAUGCAUUUCAGGGGGCAUUAUCUAUUGAUGUGAGCUGUGGGUGAGACCUUUGGGGGUCAUCACACUGCCUUUCACCAUGCUGGGUCUGCACACAUACCUGUCACAGAAGAGCAAAUUUAUUUCAGGGUUCCUGUGUGUGCCUUCAUUUGUUUUGGUGUCAAGUCCCAUUCAUUUCAAUCCCCUUCUUCAGAUUUAAGACUACUGAGUGUCAGUUUGCAGUGGCAAUAAGACACAGGUGAGAUACUUUCUGUGAUGCAGAAAGAACGUUUUGAUACAUUACCUGGCUAUUAAACUGCCCCUGCAUCUGCCUUGACAGCAGGCUGAUGCGAUCAAAUUCUAAGGAACCACAAAAGAUGAUCCAGGGACAUGGUCUCACACAUAUUGUCCCUUAAUCUCCUGUAGACUUCCUCUCCAAGAGAGAGGCAACCUAAAAAAGCCCAUUAAGUGGCAAUAAUAAUGCACCUUUCCAUCUAGAUCUACUCUCAUCCAUUGUAAGUGAUUGACAGUUUCAAAGCUCACUGGUCCAUUUAGUAGACCCAAAUUUGCAAGUGAUGUGCAAUCUGCUUCCCCUCCACCAGCAAAAAAAACCAACACCCAAUCAUAUCGGUCAAAUCUUCAAAGAAAAGGAUCAGCUAUGAGCAGCAUCAGUUUGAAAAGCAACUUUUUGUCUGUCUUCUGCUUUCACCACUUUGACAAAAGGUCACUCAUUGUAUUCCACAGACAGGUGUGGAGAUGGGGUUUCCUUGCAGUCUACUUCUUAGGGCUAGCUCUGCAAAUGACAAUCACUGCAAGGCUAAAGUAGUUCAAGCAAACAUUUAUCCCUUUGAGUUGCUUGUUUGCUGCCCCUACCUAUAUCUGUGUUCAGCACUAAAAAUAAAUUUUAUAAGUCUGAAUGCUGCAACUGGUAUGGCAUGUAGUGCUCAUCAAUCUGCCCUAUGUACCUCUGUGCCCUUUAAUAGUGCUGAUCAGAUUAGAGGAGGAUUCUAAGACACUCAGGGCUUGUCCAUACUUUCUCUUGUCCCGGGCCUAGGAAGCAUGGAUCUGAGCAGUUUUCCUCUUUCUAGGCAUGUGUCUGAAUGGUUUUCCCAUUGCACCAUUCCUUUCCCAGGGGAAAUCCUCUCCUUAGCUUUAAAUAGGAACAAACAGCAAUCCGCAGAAAAUUCAAUUGCUGUUUGUGCCGAUUGAGCACUAAAGGGUGGUUUUUCACUUGGGGAAAACAACAGGAAGUGUGGAUAAGCCCUUAGAAACACCCACUGCCCAGAGGUAUGUGCCUUAAUUUGUACCCUCCCAAGCCAUCUUCCUCCAAAAAGGCUCCUGUCUGUAUCUUGUGGGAGAGAAGCAGCCCACAAGGGACAGAUGUCCAUAAGGUCUCUCUGAGGCACAGCCCUUAGUUUUCAGUCAGAACUUGUGAAAUUCUAUGGGGAAAUAGGAACAGCCAAACCCCCACAGGAGAGCAGGUCAUGGUUCCUUCUCUUUGCAUCGCAUGGCUACAUCAACGGCACAUUUUCCGGUCUAUUUCAGUAGCAAACACAAAGCAGAUGAAUAUUAUCACCCGCAGAAACUGGCAUGGCAUAAUAUCCGGACUGUUUGUUUUAAGAUGCCCUCUAAUAGCUUUGCCUUAUUUCGACAUGAUAGCUGAAGCAUAAUUGCUCUUGGUCCUUAAUGCGGUUAGAAGACUGUGUUGCUCGUUCGCCUUGCAGCCUGCUCCAUGGGGACCUAUGGGAAAGAUUGCAGCAGCCUCUGCAAGUGUCAGAACGGAGGUUCCUGCGAUCCGGUAACAGGGUGGUGUCGUUGCCCACCAGGAAUUAAUGGAAAGUUUUGUGAAGAUGGUAAGAAUUUUAUUGUUUUCCUUUACAUCAUUUCCAGCUGGGUGUCUUUAUGAUUGCCUGUGGAGUUGACACUAUCUUUUUUAAUUGGCACCGAAAGUGCAGUGUAAAGGCUCAAAUACGGCAGGGUGCAGUAAGCAGAACAGUCCAUUUUGUGAUGGGGCAAACUUUGGGAAAAGCCAGGCACUAGAUUGGGGGCCAGGCACUGGGUUUUAGGAGUCUCCACCCCACAGAUCUGUUUUGCAUUGGAUUCCAGACCCUGGGCUGAUGUGAAAUGAAUCCAGAGUUUCCAUGCCCUUGCUAUGGCAUUUACCAGAAGCUCUUCCUGCCAUUCCUUUCCCACUUUUUACAAUUUACAGGGCCAAAGUGGCAUGGCACGGAGGGCUCCAGAUGAGUGCCACGGGGGUGGGGACAUAAUGCUACAUCAAUUGUGUGUAAGCAGCAGCACCCAUGGAUUGUGCAGCAAAUGUGGUCUGCAGUGUUCAGAUCCUACAGCCAGUCAAGAGCAUUCUUGACAUCUUUCCCUGCCACUUGAGUGGAGCAUCUAAUAUCGGGGUGAGCAAUCUUUUUCAGCAGGGGGCCAGUCCACUGCCCCUCAGACCUUGUGGGGGGCUGGACUAUAUAUUUUGGGGUGGGGGAUGAACAAAUUCCUAUGCCCCACAAAUAACCCAGAGAUGCAUUUUAAAUAAAAGGACACAUUCUACUCAUGUAAAAACACGCUGAUUCCUGGACUGUCUGCGGGCCGGAUUUAGAAGGCAAUUGGGCUGGAUCCAGCUCCCAGGCCUUAGUUUGCCUACCCAUGAUCUAAUAGCACUGCCUGAACACUGCCAUGCUGUCAUACAUCUUGCUGCAUGCUAGGAACCAAAUGCAUGCAGGGAGUGUAAAGCAAGAUUGCAGUAUACAGACUCUUACUAUUUAUAGAGAGGUUAAUAAAAAUGAUAAUAAUUUAUUAUUUGAACCCCAUCCAUCUGGCUGGGUUUCCCCAGCCACUCUGCACGGCUUCCAACAAAGAUUAAAAAUACAUUAAAAUGUCACACAUUAAAAACUUCCCUAAACAGGGCUGCCUUCAGAUGUCUUCUAAAUGUCAAGUAGUUUUUUUUCUUUUUGACAUCUGAUGGGAGGGCGUUCCACAGGACGGGAGCCACUACCGAGAAGGCCCUCUGCCUGGUUCCCUGUAGCUUUGUUUCUCGCAGUGAGGGAACUGCCGGAAAGCCCUCGGCACUGGACCUCAGUGUCUGGGCAGAACGAUGGGGGUGGAGACGCUCCUUCAGGUAUACUGGGCCGAGGCCGUUUAGGGCUUUAAAGGUCAGCACCAACACUUUGAAUUGUGCUCGGAAAUGUACUGGUAGAUAGAUAGAUGGGUAGAUAGAUAGAAAAUAUGCUUGGUUGCUUUUUUUUUUGCACACUGACUCCUAUUUGUAUUUGUAUUUGUGUGUUGUUCUUUCUUUUUCGGAAUAUCUAUCAGGUUGCCCCAAAGGACGCUUUGGGAAACACUGCAACAAGAAAUGUAAUUGUGCUAACAAUGGAUAUUGCCACAGAUUGUAUGGAGCCUGUUUAUGUGACCCUGGGCUAUAUGGUCGCUUCUGCCAUCUAAGUAAGUCAAGCCAUAGAGAAUGCUAUAUAAAAUGUUUUUAAGUCCUCAGCAAUACAAUACAGCUCUUGCAAAAUGCCCUUCAGUCAAACAAGAAUGCAUAGAUUUUAUUUAUUGGUUUAUUUAAAUCUGACUACCUUAUCCCACAGCUCAAGGCACCUUUCAACCUGAUUUUUGAAAACAGUUAUAAAAACCAUGGGUUGCAACCAACUAAGUUCUACAUAGAGAAAGCUUUCUUUCACAUCAAAAGCUGCAUACACCUUGAUUUUUGUUUUUUUUAAUUGUUUUACUUUCAACAUAAGUAAUGCCGGAGUAGUAAGACAAAAACUGUGUGAUUUUCAACACAGCACACUAAUAAAUAGUGCAUAGCACCUUAAAGGAGCUUCUCCUUUACACAAGAGGAAAUAUUGCAGCAUCUGUGAUCACAACUGCUUCUUCAAAACUACUGGUUUUGAUCCCAUGCAAAUAUAUGCAGAUUUUAUUUACUGAAGUUGAUACAAUAAAACAGCUACAAUAUUUUAAACUGAAUAGCCAUUAGUAAUCAGAAACAUUUCUCGUCCUUCCAUUCAGUCGUGCUUUCUUAAGCAGCUAUUCUGUUCUGCGUCGGAAAUUUAUUGCUCCAUGUUAGGCAUGCCAACCUAGCAACAGUGUUAACAGCUCACUUUAAUCUGACUGCAGCCUGUCCCAAAUGGGUCUUUGGAGCUGGCUGCUCAGAGGAGUGCCUCUGUUUGAAGGAGAACACCCUGGUUUGCGACCCCAGAAAUGGUACCUGCACCUGCAGACCAGGCUACGAAGGGAGCAAGUGUCAAAGAGGUAUGCAUUUUGCUAUCUGUCUCAAUUCCUUUCUCUGCAAUAUUAUUUAUUCAUCUUGCAGCACAUAUUCCUUCCAUGUGUUAAUUACUUGACUUUACUGUUGUGAUUCUAAGCCUUUCUUUCUUUUUUUACUGAAAAAUAAAUAGUUAAAUUAGGCAAAAUUUCUCACAUUUUGCAGUUGCACAUCAGCAGUCCUUAAAAAACAGAAAGAAAGCUGAAAUCCUGUUGAUUAGCAGUUUGGUUAGCAGGGGCAGGAGAAUUAUCAGGGAUGGGACUGAAUCCAUUUGCUGAAUGGCAGAAUUUUAACUUUUUUAAAAGCUGUGUAGCCCUAGCAGUUGGAUCAUAAAGCAGAACCACGUCUGUAACCUCUGUUUUCGCAGUCCAUUUCUGGUCCAUGUCACUUUCACAUACAUACAUUCAUACAUACUCAUGAGUCUCACUCACCCCUUUUCUGCAAUAACCUGUGGUUUUAUUUUUUCUAAAAAAAUCCCAUUAUGCACAAUGUCACAGGUUUAGACCCCAGCAUCUCAAGGUAGGGCUGGGAAUGUUCCCUGCCUGAAACCUCAGGGACUCCCUGGCAAACAGAGCUAGAUGAACUAAUGGUCUAAUUCAGUAUAAGGCAGCUUCCUGUUUCAUACACAGAUGUAGGUCCAUUAAAAUCAACGGGCUUACAUAAGUCCAUUGUUUUCAAUGGGUCUGCUCUGAAUAUGACUUAGAUGGGAUGUCACCCUAUGAAAACAUGGUAUUUGAUAACAUUCUCCUUCUUAAAAUGUAUGUUUCUCAAUAAAUGUUUGAUCAAAAUACGCAUUUUAAAUGGAUGUUGAUAUUUCUUCUGAGCUGAGGAUGGUAUCAUAAUUUUGGCAAGUGCAAGAGCCCGUGGGUAAUUAAGUUCUGAUCCACUCAUUCAUCCAGGAGGUACACAUCAGGUCGCUUCAUACAGAAAUCUACAAAGAUCUAAUUCCUCAAGCCUCCCUAACACAUGCUGUUCCUCAUCCAACGACAGCAGUUAUUUUUAUGGUGCUUCCUGUGGUGGAUUAGAAGCCAAACCGAAAAAUGCAUAUUCUUGCUAGUUAGCACAGAGCUAUAUUGCUGAUACAGGCAGAUACUCAGACCAUAGAAAUGCAAUUGUUGGAGAGGGCUCUGUGUGAUGUCAUUUCCCCUCCUCCCCUGGAGAGGAAGGAACAUGUAGUACUUCCUUUUGCCUUCUCUCUAAUCUUCGACCAGCCAUGAAGUCAGGCAUCCCUAUGCUUAUUCCAGCUCCAGUCACAUGCGUGAAGCUGGUUAUAAUGUAAAUAUAAGUAUUUUGCCUGCAUAGUUUUUACUGAUGUCUUUGCUGUGAACCAAUGCAUGAUUAUAAAGUAAGUAAAUAUUAUUUUUAAACUUGCUUUACAAGUGAUUGUCUGAUUCUUUGUUAAGCAGGGUAAGGAAGUGCUUUUAAUUUCUCUGCCAAGGAUGGGAUUUUGAAACUCACACAUGUGCAAUCAAUAUAUCCUUUCCUACCCAUUAAAACCCAUCCCACACUUCAAUGGAAAUUGAAAUAUACUCGGAGUCAAGUGUGGAUUUCAUGCUCUUUAUUCAGCUCAUAGUAGCGAGGAAUGGAAGUUCCCCCAAAGUGUCUGCUUUAUAUACAUUAUUUACACAAUGGGCCCCACAUGAUUGGCUAUUUCCGGGAUUCUCCUGUAGGCCAUUUAGGUUGCGGAUUCACUUCCACCUGGAGCUGGAUUGCGGACCAAUCAGACUGCUGCAUUCUGGAUCCUAUUGUUCUAGGACCAAUCAGACUGCUGCAUUCUGAAUCCUAUUGUUCUAGGACCAAUCAGACUGCUGCAUUUUGAAUCCUAUUCAACUCAGUGCAUAACAGAAAUGUUUUGGGGGGGUUUUGGUUAAGGUAAUGAAAGUCCUGCUUAUGGUCCAUCCACACUUGCAAGGAGUUACUGAAUGUUGCAGUCAUGAAACGAUGACGAGGACCGUUCAGUCUUGCAUGCUUUUUCUUCCAGAGUGCAUCCCUGGUUUUUACGGAGCUUCCUGUCAACAGAGGUGCAGCUGUCCUGGUUUGUCCUUGUGUGACCAUGAAACUGGGAGAUGCAGACACCCUUGCCCUGCAGGCUUCUAUGGAGAAAAUUGCCUAAACCGUAUGUACUUGGAGGCAUGUUUUUUAAGAGAGAGAGAGAGAACUGAGUGGGGAACUUUUGCUUCUGCCUUUUCUUUUUAAUCAGGUGUGGGGAAACCACAAGCUCACAGAGUCUUCAUCUCAGGGUCACAUUGGGCAAAAGAUUCCUGCAUUGCAGGGGUUUGGACUAGAUGACUCUAGUGGUCCCUUCCAACGCUGCAGUUCUAUUUUUUUUUUCCUCCAAAAAAUGUAUUGAUUUUCCAAAUUUAUAACAAACAUAAAAAACACAAAUAACAAACAAACAAAAAUCCAAACUAUAAUAGUUCCACUUUUGUUAACAUUGUUAGAUGACUUCCUCAAAUCCCCCUGGCUGAGUUUCUAUGUAUAUCAUUGUAACAGUUUUCCAAAAUUAAUUUCUCAUAAAAUUUACUUAGUCUUUCUUUCUUUUCAUUUUAAUUUCAGAUAUAUUAUUCUAUAACAUAUAGCAUAUUUAAAUUCUAAGCCAAUCUGGUACUUGCAAGUAUUUCUAUUUAAGCUAUCUUGGCAUAUUUAGCUAAAUAGUCUUUAAAUUUCAUUCAUUCCUCCUGGUACUCCUCCUCCUUCUGGUCACGGACUCUUCCGGUCAGGUCGGCUAGCUCCCAAAAGUCCAUCGUCUUCAUCUGCCAUUCCUCCACUGUUGGCACUUCUUGUGUUUUCCAAUUUUUAGCCAGCAAAAUCCAACACUGCAGUUCUAUGCAAUCAAAGUAGCCUCAGCGAGUCCAGGAUUCUUCGUGCUUUGAUAGGCCAUUCUCUUAUAUCUCGCACACCCUGCUAGAUGAGCGACUCCUCUUUGUAUUCAGUUCUGCGGUGAGCCAGAAAUGCUUUCCCCCUUCUGCUGGACUCGCCCUUCUGCUGUCAAGUGGCAAAGUGGAAGACCGGCAGGCGUGCUACUGUGCAGUUGAGUGGUGUGUGUCUCUCCCGGAGACCGCAUCUCAAGCGAUUUGCAAAGUAGUGGGGAGAAAUAGAUUAAAGGAAAACAUGGGACCAAAAGCAAGCUGAUAUAAAAGUCUCAUUGCAAAAUGGAAGCAAAAGAACUGAAGAACCCUUAUUGUGGCCAUAGCCCUAUCUGCUCCAGCACCCUGGUCACGCAACCAAAUGGCCAACCAGAUGCUGAGAACCAGAUGUGCAAGCAGGUCAUGAAUAUGCCAUAACCCUUGUGGUUCCAAGGAACUGGUAUUCAGAGGCAUAUUGCCUCUGACAUUGAAAUACUAGUACAUAGUUAUUCUGGCUAGUACCGGUAAUAGCCAAUUAUAGCUUUAUCCUCCAUGCAUUUGUCUUAAACCCCAUAGAAUCCAUAGGAUCAGCAUGGCUGUUGGACAGAUGAUAUGUUUGUCUUUGGUGCUAGCUAUGCAUCAAGGGAGGGACGCGGGUGGCGCUGUGGGUUAAACCACAGAGCCUAGGACUUGCCGAUCAGAAGGUCGGCGGUUCGAAUCCCCACGACGGGGUGAGCUCCCAUUGCUCAGUCCCUGCUCCUGCCAACCUAGCAGUUUGAAAGCACGUCAAAGUGCAAGUAGAUAAAUAGGUACCGCUCCAGCAGGAAGGUAAACGGCGUUUCCGUGCGCUGCUCUGGUUUGCCAGAAGCGGCUUAGUCAUGCUGGCCUCAUGACCCGGAAGCUGUACGCCGGCUCCCUCGGCCAAUAAAGCGAGAUGAGCGCCGCAACCCCAGAGUCGGCCAUGACUGGACCUAAUGGUCAGGGGUCCCUUUACCUUUACCUAUGCAUCAAGGGAUGCCAAGCUGCAAACAGGGCCAUAAACAAGAGGAGAAAGAGACUGAGGUCAGAAACAACAGGGGCCCACCCAGGAACGGAUGUGGUCACUGCUGCUGGCUCCUUGAAUGGGAUGGGACGAAAUUCAAAUGCAGGGUGGAAUAAGAGCAGAACCGGGCCAGUACACUCAUGCUUCCUAGAUACAACCCUGGAUGGGAACCAGAACCUUUAAGCAGAAUCCCCUGAUAUAUUCCCCCCCCAGAAAUAGUAAAAAUAGUAUAAAACUAUGUUUUUAAGAUGCUGGAAUUACGUUUUUGCACAGGUUUAUUUUUACAUCCCAUACGCAGUCUUGUCAUAAAUGUUCAUCUAUCUGUGUCAUAAGUCAAUAGCACUUACACUGAAAGCUGCGUGUUUUGCUUGUUUCAGUUGCGGCUGUGGAUGCUUUCUAAUGCCUCCGAUGGCCUUGUUACUAUAGCCACAGUCUUUGUCUCUUUGCUUGUUUUUAACACUGUUUAGCUCGGACGUUUAGCGUGAAUUGCAAACUAUCACGUAAUCUAAAGACCAGAUGUCCAGAGGGUAUAACUGCUCCGCUACACUCAGAGUUAAGCGGAAUGUUUGUCCGGCUUCCAAAAUUUAACCCCUAAAGAGAUUUGAAAUUCUAUUCAUCUACAUGGAUUUAGAUUUGGGGGGGGGGGUUUCCCCUUGGAAACUUAAGGCUGCAAUCGUACAUAUUGCAUGCUCCGCAUGAACAGUAUCUCUGCUGAGAUACAGCAGCCAUCUUUCCAAAUGCAUUUUUGGUUCAGUAAGUUUUUUCAGCUGGAUGUAUAUGUUAAGUCUCUGCCGUGGGUGUUUAUUUGUAUAGGUUUUUAAACCUAUUUUUACUUGUUUUGAUUUCAUGUUUGUAAACCACCCCAAGACUUGUGUCAAAAGUGAUUCAUAAAUUAAUAUAAUAAGACUAACGAGUACCAGUAAUCUGACUCCAUGGGACUUUCUUCCUAAUAAACGUGUGAGUGCACGCACGCACAAACAGACAUAUUUAGUAGGUGACCUCCAUAGAAAAGGCAGGCAAAGUCAAUAUUUAAUUGGUUGCAGAAAAAAUUAAUAUUUUUUUAAACUAUGUUUUGUUUUAGCAGCAUGCACCACCUUGAUGUUAUAGUGGUAUAGAAAUAAAUUAAGGAACUGUAGAAAUCACAUCACUUGGAAAAUGGGGACUUCUCUUAUACAUGCACCAUUCAUUUUGUUCUUAACACUGUUUCUUGUAAGGCUCUGUAUCAAAGAUACUCUAGGCAGUAUCUCUACUGAUUCCUUACACUUUGUCUUUUUAGAUUGCCCUGCGGGUUCCUGGGGUGUGAACUGCCACUCUGUCUGCGAACCCUGUGAGAAUGGAGGGCUGUGUCACCCAGUAACUGGGAUGUGUGAAUGCCCAUCAGGAUACACUGGGAAAUACUGCAAUGCUUGUAAGUCUGCGAUCUUCUGUGCUUGGUGGGGGGACAGGGCAACGGAGCACAAACUUCUGUGUUUUUAAAAUAAAACCAAGGCUGCCCAUGGAACUUUGUGGGGCUUUGCAGUGGAGUGUGGAGCUAGAUGUUCUGGUGCAAUCCUUGUGGAACGCCCUCCCACCAGAUGUCAAAGAGAAAAACAACUACCAGACUUUUAGAAGACAUCUGAAGGCAGCCCUGUUUAGGGAAGCUUCUAAUGUUUAAUGGACUAUUGUAUUUUAAUAUUUUGUUGGAAGCCGCCCAGAGUGGCUGGGGGAACCCAGCCAGAUGGGCGAGAUAUAAAUAAAUUAUUAUUAUUAUUAUUAUUAUUAUUAUUAUUAUUACACCCACGCUGGGCUGGCGCAGUAAUGGGAUCUGGACUGGGCGCAAUGCCAUCACCUUACUGUGGCAAGACCAGCUCAAGAUCCAGCAGAUCUACGGCCGGCUCAGUUCAGCCCAGCCUUUUUCGUUUUAUUUAUUAAAUUUCUAUGCUGCCUUUCAUCUGAGGAUCACAGGGCAGUUUACAAUAUAAAACAUGGAGCUUAAGAGCUUACGUUUGAAACAAAUGCUCCAAAGUUUAGAAAGCCAACGCUGACUCGCAGCUGCCUGUUACGGUCCCUUUAGCUGCAGCGCAGCGUGAGGAUGCUCAGCAAAAGGCAGGUGAUUCUGCCCCGAGCUAAAUGACUUUUCAGGACCUCUCUGCCCAGUGAUCUGUAAUGAGUGGAUCACGACCACAGUUGCUCUCUUUCACGUGGAACAGAUGCCUUUGUCUGAGCUGAUAGAUCUAAGUGACAAGUGCUGCACGCUUAUCUCUUUUCAGCUUGCCCCGCUGGUUACCAUGGGAAAGAAUGCUUGCUGCAAUGCAGCUGUCAUACCGAUGCUCAGUGUAACCCCGUCACUGGGGAAUGCACAUGCCCCCCAGGUUGGAUCGGCCGUGACUGCAAGCAGCGUAAGUCAAAGCCUCCAUUAUCAGCACCUGCUCCUUCCUGCCGCUGCCGACGUAAUCAAAAUCCUAAAGAACCAGCUCGGCAGCUUCUUAGGCAAUUAGACUUUCCUGCUACAUGUAUAUAUCUAAUAUAUUCCCUGCUAAUCUUCCUGCCUCUGUGAUUGUGUAUUUAUGGGUUCAUGUAGCCUGGCUGGCUAUAAUCCUUAAUCAUGUAAGUCUAAAAUGUAGAGGGCGAUGGCUGGUGAAGCGGAGAGGUUUGAUCGGAGAACUUUAUUCCAUCACUGUUCGCCAGUUCCUCCAAGCACAAGGCGCAGCGUUCAGACUGACAGCUGGUUCUGCGUCCCCCCCAAUUUUCAAUGCAGCUUAGUUCAGAGCUAAUUCCCAAUGUGAGGAUGUGGGGCAGGGGGGAAGACGCUUGUCACAACACGUUGAGUGAAUCCCAUUCUCUUGCAUUAGAAAGACGGUCCCUGGGUUUGUGAAUUUAAAUAUCGAGUGAAAUUUGAAUAUUAUAGGUGUCACAACUUACCUGCAUUGCUGCCUCAUGCUGUGCUUCCCCUUUAUUUCCAUUUUGGUGCCUUUUCAUGGCCUGUUCAUUUAUCACAUUUAUCUUAACAACCCUGAGAUACAGGCUGGCUCAGGAGACAGCGACUUGCCCAAGGCUGCUUAACCAGUGAGCUUCAUGACUAAGUGCUCUUUCACACAUUAAGGAGCAGCAAAUCCGAGUGCUCACUCAACAGGGCGCCGUAGCCAAUCCGAGCUCUCUGUUGAGCAUAUGCAUCAUGCUCUCAAGCAGCCAUUUGUCACUGUUGAACUUGAAGGACACAUUUAUAAGACUAUCGCCUACAAACGAAAAGUGCCACCAGGCCGCCAGCAGCGAAUGGGAACUGCAUCUCCUGGUCCAAGUCCAACCACUGCACACUUUUUCUGCUUUGGUGGGUCCCCACUGAAAUGGGGUCAUAAGCAUAAAAAGCCAUCACAAGGGGAUUAGACCAAUUUAUGAGCGGCAAAUUGAUCAAGGGCUAUGAGCUGUAAUGGCUAUGCACCUGUUCCAGGUUCAAAGGCAGUGUGCCAUUGGACAUCAAUUACUGGGGAGUAAGAAUGAGAAAAGACUGUUGUGGGAAAUGUACCAAAUGUGCCAUUGACUUAUUCUUCCAUUCUUAUAAUACCUUGGUGUACGGAAAAUGGUUGCGAAAGAACAACUCAAGGCAAAAAGUCCUUUCACUGGCAGCUACAGUGGACAGAAGGAAAUGUGGCCAUCACAGAUAUCCUUCCAGAGGCCAGUUCAUGGAGGAAAACCUUCGUAGACUCAUAAAAUUGUAGCGUUGGAAGGAACACCAAAGGUCAUUUAAUUCAGCCCCCUGCAAUGCAGGAAUCUCAGCUAAAGCCUCCACCCUUUUUAUUUCAGUCAUAGUGUUCUGUGUGUGAUGCUCAGUGCUAUUUUUCUAGAAAAAGAGGUGCCACGAACACCUCCCUCAUUCUCUUAGAAUGGCAGUGGUGCCACCUAAGAGGUGCUAGAACUGCGUUCUGGCUGAAAAAAAGCCCUGGUGUUGCUACAUCGGGGGGGGGGGGAAUAGAAUGGAUUUUAAUAGUGGGUGCAUUUGGAACUAAGCACAGUCUGAAUAUUUGCAGGGCCUACUGACUUACUCUCACACAAUGGACCCUUUCUCCCCUCUUUCUCAGAGAGGGCCGCAACAGUGAUUUUAACAGAUGUUCUUCCUUUAAUCACCUGAGUGGCUUAUAACAAAAAAUUCUGGCAGUGCAGACUUGUGCAUGUUCACUCACUCAUCACUUCUUCUGUGUUCUUUGGGGCUUGCUCCUUAGUGAGGCCUUGCACCCUCAGCAAUUUCUGACAUGGGUCUUAACUUCACAGCAACACUGGGGAGCCAGUGUGGUGUAGUGGUUAAGAGCGGUAGACUCGUAAUCUGGUGAACCAGGUUCACGUCUCCGCUCCUCCACAUGCAGCUGCUGGGUGACCUUGGGCUAGUCACACUUCUUUGAAGUCUCUCAGCCCCACUCACCUCACAGAGUGUUUGUUGUGGGGGAGGAAGGGAAAGGAGAAUGUUAGCUGCUUUGAGCCUCCUUCGGGUAGUGAUAAAGCGGGAUAUCAAAUACGAACUCUCCUUCUGCAGCUUGAAGGCCAAUUGUCCACCUCGUUUCAUGUUUCCUGGGUGGGAUUGCAGAAGCCCCCUGAAAGGGAUCUGACAUCUGGCAGGAGGGAUAUGUCCCUUCUCCAGCAGCCUACUGGGGGUUUGGGUUGGAAGGAGCAGGGUGGUUGGGAGAGAAGGGGAGAUGGCAGAGGGGGGGGGGGAGAGAGAAAUAUGGCAGAAAGAUAAAUGGGGUAGCAGAAAGUGAGAGAGCAAAAGGGGGUGGAAGGGAGGGAGGGAGGGAGGGAGGGAAGGAAGGAAGGAAGGAAGGAAGGAAGGAAGGAAGGAAGGAAACCACCCACUUUGGACAAUAGCUUCACCAGUCUCAGCCAUAUAGCCCCUGACAAGGGAAUGCUUCAGAGAGAAAGGUUCCCAAUCACUGCUUUAUAGACUCCCAAACCCACGAAGCCUUUGCUGUUGUUGCAGGCAGCCAUGUAACAUUCUGCAUUAUUUUUCAGCUUGCGAUUCUGGCUCCUGGGGACAGCUCUGUGGAAACUCCUGUGACUGCAGAAACAGUGAUGGGAGCUGCAACCCGGUUACUGGCGUUUGCUUCUGUGAAGCAGGAUACACUGGGAAGCGUUGUGAGCAGAGUAAGAUGUUAAGCAUGCCAAAGAGGAGAGUUCUCAGAAUAAAGGAGUGGGAACUGUUUUUCCCGUUGUGUGCUUAUAGGAAAGGGUCCAGCUGGUAAUUUGUUUUUUAGGCUGUGGAGAAGUCCACUUGGGAUUUCAACCUCUGUAUAAGCAUUUGCUUAAAAUGUGUACUCCAAGAAGGAGUCUGUUUUCAUAGUUGUUUGGAAGGGAUAGCUAGACUGACCAUUAGAUUUCAUGUCUGGAUGAAUAAAAUGCUUUAUUUUUUGCAUCCCCAGUGUACUCUUGGGCAGUUAAUGCCUGCAUUUAUCCAUUUCUGUUCUUUUUAUUUCUAGGCUGUAUUUCAGGAUAGGAACUUGGCAUAGGCCUCAUUAACCUUCCCUAUCUGGCUACUAUUCAAAGGGUGUUGGACUCCAUCUCCCAUCAGCCCCAGCCCACAUGGCUAAUGGUCAGCGAUGGUGGAAGUUGUAGUCCAAAACAUCUGGAGGGAACUAGGUUAGGGAAGGCUGGCCCCUUUAUUGCCUAGUAUGGGCAUUAAGAUCAGCAACUGGAACCUGGUUAGUUCUGCCACAGCCUGAUGAUUAUUGGCUUCUGGUAACACAGAGGUGGGCUUUUUCACUGUUGGCGGCAAUGUUGUGGAAGGCCCUCUGUGCUGAAAUGUAAGGGGCUCCAUCAAUAUUGGCAUUCCACCGUCUCUUGAAGACACUCCUGUUCAGACAAGUAUUCCCUUCUACUUGGAAUCUGCUUCUUCAACUGUUACAGUGUUUUGGAAGUAAUGCGUGAAUAUUUUAUACAGCCAUCCCUCGGGUUACAGACGCUUCAGGUUGCACGUUUUCGGGUUGUGCACCAUGCAGAAUCCGGAAGUUCCGGAAUGGGUUACUUCCGGGUUUUGGCGCUCGUGCAUGCGCAGAAACACUAAAUUGCGCUUUGCACAUGUGCAGAAGCGCCGAAUUGCGACCCGCGCAUGCGCAGACGUAGCGCUGUGGGUUGCGAAUGCUGCAGGUUAAGAACGUGCCUCCUGCACAGAUCACGUUCGCAACCCAAGCGUCCAGUGUAGUUGAUUUUAUACUUGUAAAUGGUUAAGACGCCACAUUGGCAUGAUCUACUAUGUAAAGUAAUAAACAAUCUCUAAUAUUUGGAAUGGAACAUUUAGGAAUGGAAAAACCUUUCUGUCUUUCUUAGGGAAGCCUCUCAGGAGGCAGUGAUAACCACCCAAUUGUGCAUCUUCUACCGUAUUGGCCCAAAUAGAAGCCACACCCUCAAAUAAGCAGCACCUUUAAAACUCAAGAGGCAGGGGAGAGACAAUACCCGAAUAUAAGCCACUCCCUUAAAAUUGGGUUACAGGCUGCGGUUGGUAGAAUUGUAACUCCAAGCCAAUUUAAGCCUUUGAUCGUGCAAGCCCGCAAAAGUUACCGUACAAUCACUAAAAUCGCAAACCGCUAUUCAAUUGCUACAAUUCCGCAGGCACUCAAGCUCGCAAAUCGGCAAUAAAACAUUUUUUUGUUCCCUUUUACCGUAUGUCUGUUUCAGCAGCGAUAUUGUAGAAGCCAGUUUUUGUAAGGUUGAGAGUAUAAGCCGCACUUUAACUUUUCACGGUCGGAAUUUGGAGGGGGAGUGCGGCUUAUAUUCAGGCCAAUACGGUAUUUUGCCUGGGCUCUCUCUGAAUUGCAGUAGCCACAAAGGUGCACAGUUAUUCUCCAUGCUUAUUUGAAAAUCAAUUUCUGUAAAAGCAAAUUAUUAUUUCCCCUCCUCCUCCAUGCAUAGGCAGCUGUUUAAACUGAUCAAAGAAAAGUCAGGAUUGAUAUCUGUGCCUGGUUUUCGCCCGAAUGCUUGUCUCUUGUUCUCUGUACACAGGAUGCCCCAAGGGAACCUUUGGCCUGAGUUGUAAACAUAGCUGCCAAUGCAAAAAUGGAGCGAUCUGUGACCACUUGAGCGGAGCCUGUACUUGUACAGAUGGCUGGAUGGGAACCUUUUGUGAGAAAGGUAUUUCUCGCUCCCUUCUCUGUCCUCCCCUCUGUCUCCUUCCUUCCUUUCUUUCAAUAUCAAUGCGUUUCUCAACAGUGACGUUUUCUGCAGAUUUUCAGUCUGUUGUAAAGGUGUUAUUGAUUAGCUCUACAGCCUAGGAUAAUUUACCAGCUCAGUGAUGUACUUGGUAAGACAAAACAGGCCCAUUCUCUUAAUGGUGGUUAAGAGGUCAGGAUCACAUCCCGGGAUUGCAUGCAGAGCUCCUCCUUCCCUCCAGUUUUUACCAUGGCAGUAAAACCUAAGUUAGUAGCAGCAAAAAAGAACAUUUUUCGCCCCUUUUACCAGGAUUGUUUAACUAGCUUCACACUCUGGUUAAGUGGAGAUUUACCAGCAGAUUAUAUUAGUGCUGUCCUCAACAGCAGAUAAAACAGGAGUGGGCAGAGGAGAUGCUGCAGAAAAGGAACUGACAAUUCCAUGGGCAACACAGUAAAGAGACUAAUUUAGCAACCCCAUGCAUCUAUUUUAUCGUAAGAAAGCCCCACUGAGUUCAAGGGCAUUUACCCCCAAUUCAUUGUACACAGGAUUGCAGCUUGAGCCUCUUUGGCGCUGUGGGUUAAACCACAGAGCCUAGGACUUGCCGAUCAGAAGGUCGGCAGUUUGAAUCCCCACGACGGGGUGAGCUCCCGUUGCUCGGUCCCUGCUCCUGCCAACCUAGCAGUUCGAAAGCACGUCAGAGUGCAAGUAGAUAAAUAGGUACCGCUCCAGCGGGAAGGUAAACGGCGUUUCCGUGCGCUGCUCUGGUUCGCCAGAAGCGGCUCAGUCAUGCUGGCCACAUGACCUGGAAGCUAUACGCCGGCUCCCUCAGCCAAUAAAGCGAGAUGAGCGCCGCAACCCCAGAGUCGGUCACGACUGGACCUAAUGGUCAGGGGCCCCUUUAACUUUACCUGACCUUUAAAGAGUUACCCUUUAAAAGUAGAUUUCACACUCAUUCCCAAGAAGCUCAGCAGCAGUCAAUGAGAAGAUUGGCGGUGGCAGGCAAGCUUCUCUGAAAGACAGCUUGCCACAAUUACCUGUCUUCCCUUGCAAUGCCCAACAGGGUUGCGGGGAGGGGGGGCUGUUUUCAGCCCGAGGGCUCCGUUGACAGCUGGGAUAGCUCUGUCGGUGGAGCAAGAGACUCUUAAUCUCAGGGGCGUGGGUUUGAACCCCACGUUGGGCAAAAGAGUCCUGCAUUGCAGGGGGUUGGAGUAGAUGACCCCUUUGGUCCCUUCCAACUCUCUGAUUCUUUGUUCUAUAUUCGCUUCUGGAGGCCAUAUGCCGGGGCGAAAAGAGCCAGAGUCGAAAGAGGGCAGAACAGCAGUACAGUAGGCUAAUUCCUACACAGAAUUGCAAACCCCUCUGCACCUUCCACCCAGGAUUCAUGAUCAGAAUUCAAGGACAUAUUCCAGCCAGGCCAAAACACCCCAGCUGGGUGGGAAGUGGUGCUGAUGAGAGGCAUGGCCCAGGAAGAGAUGGUGUGUUUGGGGAGCACGGUGUGGGAAAGUGUCUCCUCUUAACAGAGGGGAGGGGGUGUGAGCGGGAGCUGGUUCCCGUGUUGGCAGGGGGGCAUCUUCGACCCCUGCGUCAGCUUACCUGGCUGCCGCGCCACGCCCAUGGGCCAGCCAAUAGGGCUUGCUUGGGGGCGGGGUUUAGCCUCAUUCAAGCGGCCACGGCAGCUCCGUGCCCACAUUGUGCGCCCAGAAGACGACGGAUCCCCCACCCACCCUCCCUUUAGUUCAUACCUAUGCUUCUGACCUAGGGACGCAGGUGGCGCUGUGGGUUAAACCACAGAGCCUAGGGCUUGCCGAUCAGAAGGUCAGCGGUUUGAAUCCCAUAACAGGGUGAGCUCCUGUUGCUUGGUCCCUGCUCCUAGCAGUUUGAAAUAAUGUCAAGGUGCAAGUAGAUAAAUAGGUACCGCUCCGGCGGGAAGGUAAACGGUGUUUCCGUGCGCUGCUCUGGUUCGCCAGAAGCGGCUUAGUCAUGCUGGCCACAUGACCCGGAAGCUGUACGCCGGCUCCCUCAGCCACUAAAGCGAGAUGAGCGCCGCAACCCCAGAGUCGGUCACGACUGGACCUAAUGGUCAGGGGUCCCUUUACCUAUGCUUCUGACCUUGCUAUGGACUUUGGUUGGUUGCCCUGGUUGCCCAGGGGGCCUGGUAGGAAUUUUUACCCAUUGGGCAAAUGAUCACCAGCCUCAUGGUUUUUCACCUACCUCGUAGCAAUUCGUCACAACAUUUGGGUAUUGGCGGUUAAGCAUUGGAAUAUGUGUCGUGUGUUAGAGGGUAGGUUAUGGCCAUCACCUCCCCUCUCCUUGUUUGGGUAUUCCCUUAAAGGAAUCUGGCGGUUGUGGAUCCUGUCCGAUGCCCUGCUGGUGGCUAGGGCCAUGGCACGACCCCCGGUGACAUCAGAGGAAGCUUCCAGUUGUAUUUUCUAUCAACAAGCUCCUCCCACUGGUUGUUAACCUUUGGAUGACUCCCUGCUGCGUGGGGUGGAGUCAUGUAUAGAUUGUUUGAUCCAGUGCCUAACCCAAUACCACUCACAUGCUGUAACCAAUAAAGUUGUGGCCUUCUUUAGCCCAUUAACCUUAAAUACAUGCGUCCUUGUGUCUUAUUUAUCUCAAGCAGGUGGUGGGUCCUCGACUCACAAAGAGUCAAAAGAACACGGUAAUAGAGAGCUGGAGAGCCCUUAGGUUUUCCAGCCCAGAUGUAAAGCCACAUGGUUAUGUCCUGCAUCACAGUUCAUACAGGGUUGUAGUGAGGCCUAGCAAAUGGCGUUGGGAAUGGACACAUCUAUUAAUGGUCUGUUGUUGCUUUUUCUGCAUGUUUCACCCGGCGUCUGAUUUCUGCAUUGAUCCACAGUUGUUGUUUUUAAAAAAGUAUUGCCUCAAUGUACAUAUUUGAAUAUGUGUGUUUUUUUCUCUUUAAUAUACUAAAGCUGCCAAAAACUGGUGCCACAGCAUUUGGAGAAGGGCAAAAUCUGCUGGAGAGCAAAGUUAUGAUCCUCAGUAGGGGUCUGAGUAGUGUGCAUCGUAGCAAAAAAAAUAUUUUAAAAAAUGCAUAGAUGAAAUUAUUUGCAGCUUCCCUACCUGGCAUCUGAUGUGAACAGACUGUGAACUCUUAGGACCCCUGGCAGAAUGUUCUGCAACUCAGUGGGACUCCGCAGAAUACGCAUAAUAGUUCCUCAGUGGGGACGAUUGGGGAAGUAAUUCUUUGCAAAUUCUGAUACAAAAUUGACCCUAUCUGUAGGUCUGCAGACUAAUAUGCAGAACCAGGUGUUGAUAUAACGUUGCAGUCCAAUUCUUGGCUUUAAAAAGAAGUACCAAAAUCAUGUCAAAAUGUGUAUUUUAGGAUAUAACACAAAUGGAAUUGCAUGCUUUGCAAGAAAACACACUCCAAAGUGCAGAUUUAAACACGAAUUCUUUGCAGAUAGAUGUGGAAGCAGGAUAGAGUAUGUGCAAAGCAUUUUAGAGAGUUCUAACUCCCACACUAAAUCUAUUGUUCUUGUUAUGUUACUUUGUAAGGCAAGUACAUAAGGAGAAAUCAAAUGCCUGUGUUUUAGUAACUGAGCAAAUUGUAAUUUUUGUGUGUGUACCUGUGGUGCCCUCUAGUGGAAACGAGGCCAAUUUGCACCUUUGACGAAAAAUACACAGGAAGCUCUUUGUUUCCCCUAGGAUACAAAAUAAAUAAAUCUUAACACCAGCAGUAUCACAAUAAACUUUAUUCAGCUCAAGUGAAAAACGAAAAAGCAGUGAGCUAGCCUGCCUGUUCCUUAUGGCCAGAGUUUUAAAAGACAAAGGAGAAAAAUAAGUUGCUGGUAGGAAUGAGGAAGAAAUUUGUUUCAUAUCACAUGCAAAGAUGAGCUUGCCUACUUUGGGAUUUACAGAUGCAGGGAGCAAUUUCAGAAGGGAUCAAAUAGUUGGAACCCUCCUGUUUCAGCAGUCAUAUUCCUUUUUGGGGAACAAAACAAAGGAGAAGCCAUAGGGUGCCACCGCCUGAUUGUGGUGUAAUGCUUAGAGCAGCCUUUCUCAAGCUGUGGGUCCCCAGAUGUUGUUGAACUACAACUCCCAUCACCCCUAGCUAGCAAGGCCAGAGCUCAGGGAUGAUGGGAGUUGUAGUCCAACAACAUCUGGGGACCCACAGGUCGAGAACCGCUGGCUUAGUGUGUCAGACUAGGGCUUGGAAGGCCAGGUUCAAAUCCCCACUUAGCCAUGUUGUUGUUGUUGUUGUUGUUUAGUCGUUUAGUCGUGUCCGACUCCUUGUGACCCCAUGGAUCAGAGCACGCCAGGCACUUCUGUCUUCCACUGCCUCCCACAGACUCAUGUUAGUAGCUUCGAGAACACUGUCCAACCAUCUCGUCCCCUGUCGUCCCCUUCUCCUUCUGCCCUCAGUCGUUCCCAACAUCAGGGUCUUUUCCAGGGAGUCUUCUCUUCUCAUGAGGUGGCCAAAGUAUUGGAGUCUCAGCUUCAGGAUCUGUCCUUCCAUUGAGCACUCAGGGCUGAUUUCCUUAAGAAUGGAUAGGUUUGAUCUUCUUGUAGUUCAUGGGACUCUCAAGAGUCUCCUCCAGCACCAUAAUUCAAAAGCAUCAAUUCUUUGGUGAUCAGCCUUCUUUAUGGUCCAGCUCUCACUUCCAUUCAUCACUAGUGCCAGAAUAAGAUAGGUAAACACUAUUAGGGGUUGGGGAACAUGCUCAGUGGUCUUGAUGCUAACAUUCCUGGAGGCACCAUCUGCAAGCACGCCAUUCCCAUUCCAUUCCAAGUGUCUCGAUUUUCCAGGGACAUUCCCAGAAUUACAAAAGCCAUCCCGGCUCCUGAUCUGAUCCCAGAAUGUCCCCAUUUUUCCUGCCAGGGCUGCCGCCUGCCAAGCUCAAGAAGGAGGGUGAGCCGACGUUUGUCCCAAAUGGCAGCGGCAGUGAAGGAGCAUCCCAUUGCCUCUCCAUUGCCUCGGAGGGGAGAGGUGGCUAUCCCUGAAGCCUUUGGAGCGCAGCAGGAACUCGCGCUGCGCUCUGAAAGCUUCGGGUUCCUUUCGCUGAAGCCAGGAGAGCAAGACUCUCCUGGCUUCAGCAGAGAGGGAGAGUACGCAGCGCCCCUUCAGCCAAGUGGGAGGAGAAAUGGAAGGGGCUCUGUUUCUCCUGCCGCUUCGCUGAAGGGGCGCUGAGCAGAGAGGGGGAGAAAAAAAUUUUCUUGUUCUCCCCCUCUAAAACAAGGUGCGUCCUAUGGUCGGGUGCGUCCUAUGGAGCAAAAAAUACAGUAUAUCCUGCCUUUCUCCCAAGUACUUAACUGUGAUCUCCCACAACACAUGGGGUGAAUAGAAAAAGAGAGCCUAACUCCCCCUCCCCAAAAUGUUUGGCGCAAGUAAGAAGAUUUACCAUAUGGGAGCCUGUUAAGGUUGCCAUGAUUUCAACCAGCCACCACAGCUAUGCCAUAAACAGGAGCUUUGAUGUGUCAAUAUUUGCUGGUUCUCUCCAUGCAAUUAAAAAAUCACCUGUUGAUUUGUGCAUAUUAAGUUGCAGUUAAAGACACAGGAGCAGACCAUGAUGGAGUGUUACUUGUUUUCUUUAUUAUUUAUUUAAUAUGGUUUUAUUGAUUUACAAUAUACAACAAUUACAGAAAAAGAGAAAAAGAUACAAAAGCAAAAAUUCAACUCUCCCCACUCCAGGACGGAUCAAUCUAGUUAAGUCUGCCAAAGUCCAGCCUGUGAUUUCAGUAGUUGCCAUUCUUGAGGGUAAUCAGUAAAGGAUUUUAUAAAAGGAUGCCAUAUUUCAACAAAAUCAUAUACACCAUUUGUAUUAUUCAGUGCAUGUAAUCUCUUGGUUAAUUUUUCUGAUACAGCAAUAGACCAUAUAUUCUGUUUCCAAUGAGAGAUACACAGAUCAUAGGAUCACAGAACUGUAGAAUUGGAAGGUACCCCCAAAGCAUCCAUGACAGAUGGCCAUCUAAACCUCUGCUUAAAAACCUCCAAGGAAGGAGGCUCUGAAAAGAUAUUCCAAUCCUUUUCAAUUCUGUGCCAUUCGUAGGUGUGCUGCUACUAAAAGAAAAGUAAUUAGUUCUUCAUAGCAAAGGUCAGAUUUCCCUUCUUUAAAAAUAGCGAACAAUCCCAAACCUGGGGUACAUUUCACAUGUCAUGGAAAUUCUACUCAGUAUUGAUCCAGAGCAGAUUCCAGCAUAUAGUGAGCAGAGUAAAAACUUAAACACAUUGCAGGAUUCCCAAAAAAUAGACCAGAGGCAGUUAAUAUUUCAUCCAGCAGAGCUUUACUGCUACUGAAGGCAAAUGAGCAUAAUGGUCACAAAUCCAAUACAUUCAGGAUUGGCACUGUCCAUAAGAAAUCCAGCUGCAGCAGACUUAACUUAAACCUACAAUAACUUAUAGUAAGUCAAAACUUCAACACUAAGCAUACUAUGUACAGACCAUCACACCAGAAGGAAAAGAGAUAAAGAAAGUGAAACCCGGGCUCCUUCUGGCCUCACUAUUAUAGUCAACAUGACCUUGGCAGAAGAGAUAACAGAACCAGUUUAAGCCAUCUGUACUCAGCUUCUCUGAAGGUAUAACCCAAACAUCACAAACCUUCUGCUUGCUUCUUUCAUACAGAGAAGCUUCCAGAACCCUCUUGAAUUAAUUAAAUAGGAAAGAUCUCUACACAUCAGAUCAAUACUUUCUGUCCUAAGAAAUGCAAACUGACACAUUUCAUAUGUAUUAUAGCUUAUUUCUGUAAAUACCCCCUCCCAGAAGGGCUUUAUAUGUUCACGCAUCCACCACAUGUGAAAUGUUGUUCCUAUAUUAUUGUGCCCUCUGCUGGAGUGUUACUUGUUUUCUUUAUGGAUGAUCUGUUGGAAACCCUAGAGCUUAACAUGCUUAAUUGAUGAGUAAUUCACUGGCAUGGUCACAACACACUAUCACCUGGACUUCCUUUGAAACAUUGUGGAUUGGGUUGGAGUGCUGAUCUCAUUUGUGACCCAUCAAGUGAAAUGUCUGACUAGUGUAUUGUGUUCAGCAUGGUGGGUCAUGACUGAAUCAGUAUCUGACUAGACGUUCCGUGCUAUUCUUUCAGCAGCAUAAUUUUCUGGCUAGCAUCAAAUAUGUUAUUUAUACAUUUUCAUGCUGAGGGAGGCCAGUUUUACAGUCCAAGCACCGCUUUGCCUCCGGUGCAAGAGACAGACUCUUGGAUCAGCUCUUAACUAAAACGUAAAUGUGUGCAUUCCCCUGUUACUUCCUAAAAGCUCUGUUUUGGGGAAGGCGAAUAUUGCUUGCCAGAUAGAUAGAUGUAUACACAAAUGAGUAUCACCAUCUCAUCAUUUUCCAUCUUCAGCUUGUCCAGAUGGCUUUUUUGGGCUGGACUGUCACCAGGUGUGCGACUGCAAGAAUGGAGCUGUCUGCAAUCACAUCGAUGGAACCUGCCAGUGCCUCCCUGGCUGGAUCGGGCCCAGCUGUGAGCAAGGUUUGUAUACUAAUGAGAAAGCGUCUCUCUAAAUCUCACCAAACUCAUCCGUGUUUGCAUACCAGAUCUGUGUGCAGAUGCAGAUCUGUGCGUGCAGCGUGAUUUAUGCAGAGUGAUUGUUUGCAUGCAAGCACCAUGAUUAUACAUCACAUUUUUCAUGAUUUUGGGGGGCAUUCCCCUCCAAGAGCUCGCCUGUGGAACCCCAAAUCUUCAUUUUUGUGCUCCUCUCAAGUUUAAUAAGCAGGCUGCAAGCUGCUGGGAAGACGAUGAGCAAGUUAACGUUGAUGUGUAUGUGCUGUUGCUUAUGCGUGCAUAAAACACUUGACAACAGCUGUAGAGUAUAUUUCUUCCUUUUUUACAUAAAUAAAAAAUAGCAAGGGUUGAUUCAUAAGGUUAUGAUGAUUCAAUUAUUGUAUGAUGGUCUAGCUAUUUGAAAUUAUUACCACAUGUUGGCUGCAACAGUUGUCUCCUACAUUUUGCUAAUCCCCACAUCCACAGGUUAUCCAAAUCUACUUCUAUGGCAAUAGAGGGGGGGAGGGGUCAAUUGAACAGCAGAUAGUCCCUUGGCGCAUUGGCUUUGAAAUCACAGUAUGCUGGGAUCUGAAUGGAAAUGGGUUGUGGGAAGGAAUCUUGGAUGCAAGCAACUCUUUAGCGAUCACAGCAGAUAGAUCAGUUUCAUAAUCCAGUUCCACAUGGAUCCAACAGUGUGGCGAUUGUGCAAAUCAGUCUCUUCCAUGGAAGAUCUUUGUCUGAAUUUAUCAUUUGAUGUAGACAGAAUGUAACAAUAACACUUCUCUUCUGCAAUAAUUGGUUAUGCUUAUUCUGUUGAUGCAUUCUCUUGAUGGACAUGUUUAGCUAUGGCCUUUCCUAUACAAAAAAAAAAACAAUUAAGCAUUUGCCAUACAUAAACAAUGGAGAACAGCUGGAUCCUCUGAGGUAAACAUUGCUUGCAACUGAGGCACGAUGCCCGGCGAGUUGGUGUUGUGAGUCGGCUUGGCGUGUUUGGUUGCUGCUGUGUGCAAAAACUUCUCUGCCAGAACUUGCUUCUAUCAUUACAGAAUAUUCAACAAAGCCAUUAUGCCUCUGAGAAAUAAGUGGAUCAAGGGAAAGAUUAAGGCUAUAUCACUUACUGCCCCAUCCUGUAGUAAGAGCAUGCGUUCUUGCAGGCUCAAACCAAUGCACCUGAUGUAUUCAUAAUGGGUUUUGCAGCUAAAAGGCACCAGCACUGUGGCCUGCUAGCAAAAGCUCUGUACCCCUCCACAGCAACACCUACUGAGAAAAGGGUAUAAUAAACUGGUCAUGCUGUGCUCCAUCGGUGCCAGGCAAAACAAGUUUACAUCCAUUUUUUUAUAGAAGAUAAUUCACAGUAGUAAAUAGAUUAUAUAUAGACAUGCAACCAAACGUGUCCCAUAUCAGUCUCUAUAGCCGCAGCAGGUGGUGUAACCUUCCGACAAUUUGACUUCACCCCCAAAGGCACAAUCCUCCACUUGUCUCCCGAGACAGAUGGAUGCCAGCAACAAUACAGAGAUAGAGAUAUAUGAUUACAGGUCCGUGAUAGAAGAGCACGUGUUUUGCAUGCAGAAGCUCCUGAAUGCAGAUUUGGCAGCAUCUCUAGUUAAAAGGAAGAGGUAGCAAGGGAUGUGAAAGACCUCUGAGAUCCAAGAGAGCCACUGCCAGUCAGAGUAGGCAGUAUUGAGCUAGAUAGACAAAUGUUAUAAGACGGUUUCUGGCAUUUCUGUUUGCAUUGAGUUUGUAAUUAGCAUUCUGAGUCCAAAGGGAGGUGUAUGCACCAGGACUUUAUUUUUAUUUUUAAUCCUCCUCCUAACUUAUUCCUGAAGGUGGGGUAACGAACUGCUGGCAGAAGGAAACAUCACUGCCUUCCCUCCCCUUGAACAUCUAUGUGUUGUUGUUUAGUCGUGUCCGACUCUUUGUGACCCCGUGGACCAGAGCAUGCCAGGCACUCCUGUCUUCCACUGCCUCCCGUAGUUUGGUCAAACUCAUGCUGGUAGCUUCGAGAACACUAUCCAACCAUCUCGUCCUCUGUCGUCCCCUUCACCUUGUGCCCUCCAUCUUUCCCAGCAUCAGGGUCUUUUCCAGGGAGUCUUCUCUUCUCAUGAGGUGGCCAAAGUAUUGGAGCCUCAGCUUCACGAUCUGUCCUUCCAGUGAGCACUCAGGGCUGAUUUCCUUAAGAAUGGAUAGGUUUGAUCUUCUUGCAGUCCAUGGGACUCUCAAGAGUCUCCUCCAGGACCAUAAUUCGAAAGCAUCAAUUCUUCAGAGGAACAUCUGUGUAGCCCAACCUUUAUAAUGGGUAGAAAACUGGAUCUGGCUGGUAGGCCAGAUCCUUAACUCCACACACAGCCGUGGGCCAAGUAUGAUGCCACCUUUCAAUCACUUGAUGUCACAAAGACAUCAGGUGACACUUUGUCUAUCUGCUUGUUUGGUUGCAAGUUGCUUUGGGUUGCUCUGGGCAAUAGAAAGUGACUGAAAAGAUUCAGUGAAUGAAUGAAUGAAUGACUGUUUGCCUGUAUGUUUCCCAAGUUUAGUACUUUCCCAAGUGCUGACUAUCAACUCAUCAGUGGUGCCUGCAAAGCCCCUUCCAUCCAAACCCUGCCUUUUCCUGACCCACAUCUGACAUCAUAUAUGACAUCAGGUCUUAGCAUCAUAUAAUUGGAGGGUUGGAAAGGGACCACAAGGGUCAUCAAGUCCAACACCUUGCAAUGCAGUAAUUUUUUUAGUCAUGUAGGGAAGUUGCCAGAGCCCAACUACUUGGAAUCAGUGCCGCCAUCUUGGUUCCUCCCUGGUGCAAGGCCCACUUAAGACAUCAUUGAUGAGCAUUAAGGCAUUAUUGAUGCCACCCUGGGCUCCUUCAAGCAGAAGGGUGGGAAUAUAAAUUCAAUAAAUAAAUAAAUAUUGCCUCUGACUUCUCUAAGCUGUACACAAAUAAAUGCGCUACAUAAGCUGUAAUAUGAUAGCUCAGGAGACCGGCCAGCUCUUUAAGUCAGUGAACCUCUUGCCCCAAAUUGGCCAUCUCUACACCACUUGCCCCAAGAAAUAGUAACAGCACCUUCCCUAGGCAGAGGUGUCCAAGGGCUCCCAAAAAACUUAAGCCAGCUUUGUAGAGUGCAGAGCACAAAUUCUCUUUCUCCGUAUUCUCCAUGUAACAGAAGCCAUUAUGUGGCCUUGUUUCCGAGCCUCCAGCAGGUAACACUUAAGAACAUUGUCAGGUUUUCUUCCUUGGUGGUGAGGGCCGGAACCUCGCUUUUAAAAACUGUUCGACUUGAAAGCUCACCACAGCACACCACAUUCUGCAGUUGCUCAGUGGACACUUUACUCUCAUCAUUUGUUAGCAGAGCUACUCAAGAGGAAGGUUCUUCACCUCUGUAGCUGCCCUCUAGGUUUCGUGAAAUAUGGGCCUAUUGUGUUACCUCGUAUAAGAGCCCAGGCUGUUACCAAAUCAGAACGGUGAUAACUUUUCUUCAGUCACAGACCAUUUGCUGUGACUUUCCAAAUAUUUGUGAAGUUAGCAAUCAAUCAGCUUAGUCUUUGUUUCUGGACGAUUUAUUUCAUUUUCUUUUUUUAAAAGGCCCUGCAAGCUUUGUUUCUACAUAUUAAGUUUAAUUAAGAAACAAAACCCUUCAUCUUAAGCCAUGCCUGUCUCCUUCAUCUUCCCAUCAAAGUGUACUGUACUCGUAUCCAAAACCCACUAUUUGUCCUUGCGUGAUGGGACCAUUAAAGCUUUCUGCACCACCUUUGAUUUAUUUUGUGCACUAGUUAAGGUGCCACAGUCUUUGCAACUUCGUUUGCCUCCGAGUUAAAGGGAUAAGGUCAAACAACAAUGCAAAGAAGGUAGCCCCCUUUGCCUCUUAGCUAAACAGUGAAUCAUCGCUUUGAUUUAAAGACUGGCCAGUAAUGCCUUGUAAUACACGGGUGACACUGCUGGUUUCUUCCAAAGGUUGCUAUUAAAGCGGUCGGGUGAUGGCUCGCUUCCAGGUCCUCUGGCAACGCACGACAACAUCGUAUUUAUAUGCAGGCCUCGCGGUGCCGGGUGAUGGAGAGAUCUUCUCCUAAGAGAGAAGUAAAAGGUUUGGAGGGGAGCACAAGACUGGCGCAUAAUUGAGACAGAAAUUGAUUUGCUCUAAGACUUAAUGCUAUUAAAAGCCGCCGGCUUAGGGAGGCUGCUCAGCGUGAAUGAAAAAGCUUUUCAAAAUUAUUGAUAAGGGAGGAUGCAACCCAUCUGCUGAGAACUUGCCAACAAGCGGGAAUAAAAUAAACGAGCCCCUUUUGCUCGGUUAGCAGGCAGAGGGCACCAGCACCUGCAGGGUGAGUCUGAAGCACUGAGGCAAACGGCUGCAACAUUGAUGAGCUUCACUCGUAGCCAGGGCUUACUUGGACUGAAGAAUUCAGAAGGCGCGAAAAUGGCUGAUUCAGCUUUCGGGACAAUAGAAGGCACUAAUGCUUGUAUCUGAGGCCAGGUUAGAUGUUUUAAGAACAUAUAUCCUCCUCUCCUUUUCCCCAUAGCAUUUCUUCAACACGUAGCAUGAUAUGACCAUGCUCUGGGGUUGUACUCUGUUCCCUGCAGUUUCAUGUCCUUGGACAGCAGCUUGCUGGGGAUGGGAUGCUGUGAUGUCACAUUUUGCGUUACUAGGUGCUACCAGAGGAGGGGGAGCAGGAUAGAGGGGGCUGCUGUAUUCAACAUCACCUGCAUCACCCUUCUAACAUCUGGUUCUGCUCUAUCUUAAAUAUCCACACCUGGCCUUUGCUUCACCACUAAUGUUGUCGUUGUUUAGUCGUGUCCGACUCUUCGUGACCCCAUGGACCAGAGCACGCCUGGCACUCCUGUCUUCCACUGCCUCCCGCAGUUUGGUCAAACUCAUGCUGGUAGCUUCAACAACACUGUCCAACCAUCUCGUCCUCUGUCAUCCCCUUCUCCUUGUGCCCUCAAUCUUUCCCAACAUCAGGGUCUUUUCCAGGGAGUCUUCUCUUCUCAUGAGGUGGCCAAAGUACCGGAGCCUCAGCUUCAGGAUCUGUCCUUCUAGUGAGCACUCAGGGCUGAUUUCCUUAAGAAAGGAUAGGUUUGAUCUUCUUGCAGUCCAUGGGACUCUCAAGAGUCUCCUCCAGCACCAUAAUUCAAAAGCAUCAAUUCUUCGGCGAUCAGCCUUCUUUAUGGUCCAGCUCUCAUUUCCAUAUAUCACUACUGGGAAAACCAUAGCUUUAACAAUACGGACCUUUGUUGGCCAGGUGAUGUCUCUGCUUGUUAAGAUGCUGUCUAGGUUUGUCAUUGCUUUUCUCCGAAGAAGCAGGCAUCUUUUAAUUUCGUGACUGCUGUCACCAUCUGCAGUGAUCAUGGAGCCCAAGAAAGUAAAAUUUCUCACUGCCUCCAUUUCUUUCCCUUCUAUUUGCCAGGAGGUGAUGGGCCCAGUGGCCAUGAUCUUCGUUUUUUUGAUGUUGAGCUUCAGACCAUAUUUUGUGCUCUUCUCUUUCACCCUCAUUAAAAGGUUCUUUAAUUCCUCCUCACUUUCUGCCAUCAAGGUUGUGUCAUCUGCAUAUCUGAGGUUGUUGAUAUUUCUUCCGGCAAUCUUAAUUAAAGCACCAUAAUUAUUACAUAAAACAAAUAAAUGAAUUACUGCUUAAAUAGAAGUGUGUUGCAUUCAAUACAAAAUGUUACCAAAAUACCACUUGAAUACAACACAAUGAUGCUUUGAAUGAAACGAUGGAGGAAAAGCCCUUUGCCAUGACAUCAUUUAUUUCUAAAUGGGCAUUAACUGGAAAAGGGGUAUGUGCAUGUGCGUGUUUUAAUCAGUUGGAUUUUUUUAAUUAGCACUAAAACACUUUUCUCGGAGUAUGUGUGCACGUGUGAAAUGUCAGUUGCAGUGUUUUGUGCCUACUAAGCAUGCCCAAUCUUUAUUGUGCUAUUUUGGGUCCUGAUUUUUAACAACUUUUUGUACUUCUGCAAACUUAUGAGUUACAUUGAGUGCGCUGAUACCUCCCUCUUCCAGCUAGGUGCCCUUGGUUACUGUGCUGUUGGCACCCUGAGAGUGAAUUCAUCAUUAGUUAGAGUGACAAUGAUGUUCUGCAGUUGAGGACCAGCAUUUCAAUAGGUUCCAGAGCUGAACUCUGGCCAGCAGCCUUGGAUCAAAGCGAGUCAGUGAUGGCUCAGUGCAACACAAUGAAGAUAGGCUUCCUUGCACAUCCCUUUGGCAGAACCAGCUGUUCUUGUCUAGUACUCUAGAGGGCACCCAAAGGCAUUUGUUCAGCUGUCUAAAGUACCAGAAGUUCUGCAUCUGUCAUGGCAGGCCUUGCUGGGUUGGGACAUGGCCAGCAGGAAGUUCACCUGCCAGCCAUGCCUAGAGGAUGUGGAAGAGAAAGAACAGAUGGCUCAAGCCAGCAUCCUACAUCCCAUGCUGCAGAGCAGGGACAUAAGCCAGAAAAAUAUAGAAAGGAAAACCUUAAAUAGAAGUCAGGAACGUUCAGGAUCUCUACCCCAGUCAUAGAUUUGUGACCUCAGACAAUAGCUGUGUCUGUCUUUUUUCCUCUAAUAGCCCCAAGCCAUUGACCCAAGGAGAAAAAUACAAGGUCAAUGAAAGCAGGAGGAAUCCUCCCCAUUUCAGACCCAUUCACAUGGGUGACAUCAGUUGUUUACAUACAGUGAUUGCUUAUUGUCCUACCAUGGGAGGGGAUGCAGGUGGCUCUGUGGUCUAAACCUCUGAGCCUCUUGGGCUUGCCAACUGGAAGGUUGGCAGUUUGAAUCCCUGCGACGGAGUGAGCUCCCGUUGCUCUGUCCCAGCUCCUACCAACUUAGCAGUUCAAAAGCACGCCAGUGCAAGUAGAUAAAUAGAUCCUGCUGUGGCAGGAAGGUAAACAGGAUUUCCGUGCGCUCUGGCUUCCGUCAUGAUGUUCUGUUGUGCCAGAAGUGGUUUAGUCAUGCUGGCCACAUGACCCGGAAAGCUGUCUGCGGACAAACACCGGCUCCCUCGGCCUGAAAGCAAGAUGAGCACUGCAACCCCAUGGUCGCCUUUGACUAGACUUAAUCACUUAACCAUCCAGGGGUCCUUUUUACCUACCAUGGGGUACAUGCAACCACACAGUAGUUUAAUACACAUUGUGUAUUAUGUAAGGCAGCUUUAUAUUUGCUCACAGUGCCCAAUCACAUAGUGAUGCAAAUUUGUAUCAUGCUCCCAUUAUCCACAUUUUUUAAAUUGUUGCAGAUGUAUGUAUGGUACUAUCAGGCUUACAGCAGAAAUGGAUGCUACCUUUACCUUGUGGCAGCUGGCAACACAUGUUAAGUUUAAACAUCAGCACCAGGUGCUAUAUAUCUGCAUACGUAGAGCCACACAGAGUCAUGUAUGAGGGAGAAAAUGUAGGAUUGCAAUGUUGUAUCAGACCAAAGGUCCAGUAAACCCAGCUCUCUUUCUGUGCAUUAGGCCACAGGUCUGACUCUAGAUAAAACAGCUCUCCGCAUUCUACCAGAUCAGACUUUUUCUUCCUGCUCUGAGCAGUGGUGAUAAAAAAGAAGAGACAAAAGAAUACUGAACUGCUACUGGUACCUCCAUGCCCACCUUUCAAACAAAGAUGGCAAAAUCUGCAAUGGGAAAUCAGAAUAAAGCAUGUGAAUUAUGCAUUUUCAUACGAAAUGUUCCUUUGGACACUUGGUGCAAACGUGUGCACAGUUUGUUUUUUGAGAGGAGUUGGUGCUGUAUUUGCACAUUUUUUUUAUUUGUGCAGAGCAGGAACCCAAGACUUGACCAUAUCACCUUUGCUUCAUCCCUUUGAGAGGGGCCUGAUACCAUAUCAGCCUCAUUUGGUAUUACAGUGAUUCUGCCAGCAGCAAUAAAGAAAAAGCCUGGCUUUGCAGAAGAGUUUCCAAACAAACAGCCCGUCAGACUGGCUGUGGCAGUUUGUUUUAUACCCAGACAUUCUGUUGGAAGAAGACAGCUGAUCUAUCACGCAAAUGAUUCCAAUUGUUACUUUCUAAGAAAAGGAAAAAAAAUCACCAUUCAAACUGUGUUAUGAUGAUACAUAUUUGCGGGUCUGUUUGUCAGUCGCAAUGAAUAUACAAACACAUGUGCGUGACUUGAAAGUAUCGCCCAUCCCGAAUCAGUUCCCUCUCUUUAUUUUCCUUGAAUUGAGUUCCAAAUGAAUUUGAUGUGUCCUUUGAUGUCUCGUGAUUGGGCUUUAUGGUUCGUUUUCUCUCUUUCCCUCUCUCCAGCUUGUCACAUUAACACUUACGGACAAGGCUGUCGUCAGCGCUGCAAUUGUAAGAACGCAGCACUCUGUGACCACAUCACUGGAGCAUGCAUAUGCACAGCUGGAUGGAGAGGACCGGUCUGUCAGGAAGGUACAUUGUGGAUUUAAAUUUGGGCCUGGUUUGGCUAAACAGUAGAUCAAGGUGGCAAUGAAACAAAGGUCUGGUCUUCAUAUGCAGUAGAAUGAGAUGGAAAGGUAAAAAAGGCAAAGCACCCCUUGACGGUUAAGUCCAGUCACAGGCGACUAUGGGGUCCGGUGCUCAUCUCAUUUUCAGGCCGAGGGAGCUGGCGUUUGUCCACAGACAGCCUUCUGGGUCAUGUGGCCAGCAUGACUAAACCGCUUCUGGUGCAACGGAACAUUGUGACAGAAGCCAGAGCGCACAGAAAUGCUGUUUACCUUCCCGCCGCAGUGGUACCUAUUUAUCUACUUGCACUGGUGUGCUUUUGAACUGCCAGGUUGGCAGGAACUGGGGCAGAGCAGCGGGAACUCACCCCAUCGCACAGAUUCGAACCGCCCACCUUCCAAUCGGCAAGCCCAAGAGGCUCCAUGGUUUAGACCACAGCACCACCCACGACCCCAGUGAGGUGGUAGAGACUUAAGGUAGUAAAAUAGCCUGUACCACUUGUGACAGCAGGUAGGGACGCCAUUUUUUAAUGCAUAAAAACACCACCUGCAGGUAGGAGAUUCAGAUGUCAGUGAGCAGUCUGACUGGGACCCUUUUACAUUAGAUCAGAAGUCACCAACCUUUCUGGGCUAGUGGAAACAUCUGGAAUUUUGAGAAAGUGUUACAAGCACAAAUUGGCCGUCAUAGGGGUGUGGCAUAAUGCAAAAUGUCUGCUACAUCCAAAAGAGCAGGAAAAGAGGCUGGACAAAAUGGUAGAGGCAUGCCCCAUGCCAUCAUUGUCCCUGUUAACGGGAGAAAAGACAGCAGCAUCAGCCCAACGACACUAAAUUAUAUUAGUUUAACCCAAAUAUCUUUUGAUAUGGUCAUGUUACAACUUUUUACACUGAACAUUUCCCCACCUCCCAUAUCCCACAUUUCAUUGGAUGCCAGGAUUGCAUUCUCACCUUCCCAUCCCAAAUGUAUUUUAAAUUGUUGUAACCCACCCUGGGACCUUGGGGUGAAGAGAAGUCAAUAAAUUAAAUUCAUCAUCAUAAUCAUCAUCCAUUCAGAAAUAAGGAGAGGUAUAGAUAGCUUCUCUGUAUGAGCAGGUUUUAAAUAGAUAAUAGUGCGAGUUUGUUGUUGUUGUCAAACCAACACUCACAAGUUAAAUUGCAAAAUGCUCAAACCACACAGUUUUAAGAGCAUUUGCUGUUGUGGCUGCUUUUCAUGCCUCAAUAACAAGAAAUUCCUGAGGAAUAAUAGUGAGCAAGGGCAGCUCCCUACUCUGGUCUCCCUUAAUGGCACUCUUGAACCCAGGAGGUACGAAAAGCAUCCUUUGCAACAGUCGAAUGCAGAACAUGCUUCAUCCUCAUUUUUUAAAAUGACUCCUAUGCACAAUUUUAGUGAUGGUCCUUUCAUGUUAAGCUAAAAAUAUAUUCUUGUCCACAGCCUGCCCUCCGGGUCUGUAUGGUAAGGACUGCCUGCAGCACUGCAUUUGUCAAAAUCAGGCUACUUGUGAUCCCGCGACUGGAGAGUGCCUAUGCCCCAAAGGUUGGACCGGAAUAGCCUGUGAACUGGGUAAAUUUGAGAAAAUAUUGUCAAUAUUGCUUCCAUAUUCAUUUCAGUUCAUAUAAUGGCUCGUCCCCAAAGGGCUUGGGUGAGUAACAGUACGCUAGCAAUAAACCUACAUUGGUUAAACUCGAUCUAAGCAGAGCUGAAGGUCAGCUGCCAAGACUGAGUUCUUUUCAGGCUGGACAGUUUCAUUCAUAAACUAGUGAAAGUCUAUUCUCUUUCACUGCAGAGUGUGAAGCGGGGAAGUAUGGAGAAAGGUGUCAGCAGAGCUGCAGCUUUAGCAAUGGUGGAAUUUGUGAUCAUCGUUCUGGGAAAUGCACUUGUCGUCCAGGCUGGAUUGGGGACCAUUGCGAUACUCGUAAGGAUCGCAGUUCUUUUAACUUUAUAAAAGGCCCCUGUGAUAAUCAAAAAUAUUUGUGUCGCUGUAUCCAUUUGUGAUUAUGUGCCAUUUCUGCACUCGCUACAUCUUGCUGUUAUGUGCCUUUGCACUCUCCCACAUAACUUUUGGUCCUGCAUCAAGCCAAAAGAUACGAGCUCUAAAGCUGCAGUAAUGAUAUCCGUUACACUGGAGCCUUUGCACUGGUGUUUAAUGGGACUUCAGUAAAAAGGCCUAAAUCAGGCAUAGGCAAACUCGACCCUCCAGAUGUUUUGGGACUACAGCUCCCAUCAUCCCUUACCUAGUCCUGACCUAGUCAUGUUAGCUAGGGAUGAUGGGAGUUGUAGUCCCAAAACAUCUGGAGGGCCAAGUUUGCCUAUGCCUGGCCUAAAUGAAUGGUUUCAGGGUUUCCGUCUUAGGGUGCAAUCUAAAUGAGCGCCCUCUGGUGGUGGGCAACAACAGUGGCUGCAGUGGAAGGUAAGGAACACAAUGACUUGGUCUGAUGCCAUUGCACGAAAGCAGAGAAACUGGCUCAGGAUCCAGUGGUUCCUGGGCCAGCUCCAUUUUGCUCACGCCCUGCCUUGAAGUGACCCAUUUUGGGGCUUUCUGUGGGUUCUCGCCAGCAGAAAUACUCCCAGUGGACCUACAGCCCACCAUAAGCCAGUUUUGGAUUGCUCUGUUUGUGUAUUAUGUUGCUGACUGAAUCAAAAGCUCGAUCUGCGUUCUCUGAUUCUUUGCCGUCCUUUCAGGUAUGGGGACUCCUGUCUUCCUUUUCCCCCUUUCAAGGUAUGGCUUCUUUCUCCUCCUUCUAAACCUCAAUGGCUUCCUUUACAUACACACCCGCUCUCUUUCUCUUCAGGUGAAAACCGAAGUCAAGGACCCCGUUGUCUGUUAUGCUUGAUGGUAGACAGUGGGACCCUUGACUUUGGUUUCCACCUCUGUCCUAAAUCUUGAAUAGCUCACAAAUAGGCCAAAUGCUUUACAGAAACUAGGGGUGGAUAGAUCACUCAGUUUCUGGUCAGUGCCACUUUCACAUUUCACUUUCACACUGAGGUCCAGCUCUGAGGGCCUUCUGGUGGUUCCCUCCCUGCGAGAAGUGAGGUUACAGGGAACCAGGCAGAGGGCCUUCUCGGUAGUGGCGCCCGCCUUGUGGAAUGCCCUCCCAUCAGAUGUCAAGGAAAUAAACAACUAUAAAUAACAAAUUAUUAUUAUUAUUAUUAUUAUUAUUAUUAUUCACAUGUGUUCAUUCAAAAGUCUGUUCCAUCUCAUUUAUGUGUAAUUUUAUUUUAUUUUUAAACUACACAAAAUUUGUAUAUAAAUGGUCACACUGUCAUCUUUGUAUCUCAACUCUUCUUUCAUCUGUGGAAUUCUCCUAAGUCCAGCUUGUUUGGUAUAUUAGCAAACUGAUGUGUCUACAUUCAUAAGGAUGUAGCCCUACUAAGAGUAGACCCGUUGAAAUUAAGCCAGGUCCAUUAACUUCAGGGGGUCUACUCUGAAUAGGACUCGCAUGAGAAACUUUCGAGACCCCUGAGUUAUGAAAAAUACCCAGAGAGGAUGUGCAGCAUGUGUAGGCCUCAACUGUGUGGUUGGACACUCAUAAUAUAGAUAAAGCAUUCUAGAAUUUUGCUUUACAGGGUUUAACUCUGUGCCACACCUUUCAGAUUACAAAUCCCGACCUUCAGCGCGGCACUCAUAAUUUUGAGAUGUCCCUAUUGAUAAAUAUUGACUAUUUCCUGAGGUGGUGGUGGUUGCGCUCAAAUUAUUCAACCCCCUGCCCUCUGGGAGAGAACGUAUUCAUUUUGCUUGUGUUUCACAAUUUAUCCUCAGCUUGUCCAAAUGGUUCCUUUGGGGAGAGGUGCGAAGGGCUGUGUGA